GCACUUGUUUCAUAAAAUAAUGCCCAAUAUUUACCCCUUGCAUCUCAAAAGUUUACACACUUACUAUGUAGUGUAAAGGUGAUUUUUUUAUAUUCGUUUGCUUUUCGUCGAAUACGCGUGAAAUGUUUACGAUGGUGAUGUCACAUUCAAAACAAACCCUCUCACUAAAGCGUGCUGACUGUGGCCCACAAAGCAAGCCAACAAACAUUGUAAAGAGAGCUACUACAGCUAACGUGUGCUUAUCCAUGCAUUUAUUGUUGUUGUUCUUAUCAACCCCAAGUGGACGUGCGCUGGCACAGUUUUACGAGCGUCUCAUAGCCGCUGUUUAUGCCCGCACAUGAGUCCACUUACUUUUAUAUGAGAUUGCACUGGUAUGUUACUGGUGUUGUAGUGGUGGUUGUAGCCGAACGUAAAACGUAGUAAGAAGCUCCGGUAAAUACCGAUGCUCUCUGUGCUUAUACUACAUAGGAACAUGCACGUAUACGAGUAUAUUUGUAAGCACGCUUGCUGAGCGCUUUCAGUGUGUCUCAUUUCCAUUCAAAAAUCGAUGUAUGCUUCUCCAUGGUUGCGCUCACAAUGAAGCUGGGACUUCGUAUCGCUGGCGCUUUGGAGCAACGAGAAAAGGUGUAGCAGCACAUUAGGUUUAUAUAGCCAGUCUCGGUUUUAGUAUCGAACCGGCUUUCUACUGCAACGGAUUGGAAAUAAUACAGCGAAAAGGCGAAGAAACGCACAAAAUUAUAUACAUAUAUUUUUCUACUUAAUAUAUUUUGCAUUCCCCUUGAAAAAAAAAAUUGAAUGAGGUAGUUGUGAAAAGGCUACUUACUACUUAAGCGAACGCCAUUUGUGUGAAUUUGCAUUUUUAUGUGACUAAAUUAAUGAAAUAAACGAGUAGAAUUAUAAACCGUUCAAGCUUACGGUAAAAUAUAUAUGUACAGCACUUGCACUGUAGUUUGAAAAAAAAAAAGAUAUUGAGAAAAAAUUUAUCAAUCAACGAAUACGAAAAUAAGAGAAAAUUGAAAAAUUAAUUAAUGUAAUUUUGAGAGCCCUUCAAUUGAAAGGGAGUAAUAACGUGAAAAAGUGCGUUUAAAAGUGAAUUGUGUUUGUUAAACGGUUGUUUUUUUACUAUUGCCAACGACGCGGUGCUGCUUAUCACACCAAGACGCAAUUAAAUUAACUUAACAUUUAGAGUUUGUGGUGUUAUUUUUGUUAAGUUUGCUUUGGCACGCGCACGCCAAAAUCUUAUUGUGUGAAUAUAAAUUCCUGCAGGUUUCAGAGCCAAUCGCAUAUCGAAGGCGUUAUGUGCUAGUGAGAAAAAUCGAUUUUCCUACAUUUUCUCCACAUUCCACACCAGCAGCAUUUCGAGAAAACUGUGUAUAGAGCGACGUAAAACGCACUGAGACAACCUCAAUGUGUUGUCCUGCAGAUUGGACGUACAUGACAAACGCAGCAACAAACAUAUCGAUGUCAUGGACAGAGAUCCAGGAAAAAAUAAAGACCCACCCAUAUCACCAUCAGAUGCUGGGGGUCGAGCCCGUGGUACCAACGUUGAGGAUUAUGAUGCAGCAGCGGCACCUCCGCCCAUUCCAGCUGCUCGCAAGAGGCAUUUAAAUCGCGCAGCUGAUGAGGCACCAUCUAAUAAUGCAGCGGCAACGCCAGAACCAGUUGCAGCUGAUACCAGAACUAUUAUAGGAGAUGACGUACGUGAACAGCUGGAAACAUCGACAAUUACGCGCACGUAUACCUCACGUAAAGUUAUACACCACUCGACGGAAUUCCAUGAGAGCAGCUCAAGUUCGAGUUCUAUGCAAUACGUGGCAGAUGAAGAUCUGGACUCGCCGACUACUCCGCACCGUUUGCGUCAAAAAGUGGCAGAGUAUGAAAAGGUUUGGUCCUCUGGUGGCAGCCUUAAACGCUCACCAGACGAAAGUGCAGAUGAGUUGCGCCGCGAAUUCGUGCAAACUUCAACUCCUAGUGCGGAACACUCAACUCAAACCUUUACCACCGUUCAAGAGUCACUGGAUAAUCCUUUUGAUAUUGAUGUGCUGGAAAUUGAGAAAAGACUUCGUAGAGAACGACAACGUGGAUUAGCGGAGGCUGAGGCGGCUAAGCUUGCAUUUCAACAGGUGCAGUUACGCCACACCCCACAACCUUCUCCACGUCGUGUAGAGGUACAAGAAGAGUAUACCUCACUGCCCUUUAAUGUGACACUGCGCACGACUACCAAAUUAAGUCCAGGCGACGAAACGGGAUAUGUUGACGCAGGUGAUACACCGGAUAGUCCUUUUAAUGUGACACUUCGUACAACGCAUCGUAUUGUAAAAAAGGACCUUUCAACUAGCUCGCAGCAAUAUGAAGAGACUUCGACAACCGCAGGUAGCCCCUUUAACGUUAUAUUGCGCACAACAACAAGCCGCGGACAUCCGAUUAGUCCAGUGAGUCCUGGCGAUCCGAAAAACGCAUCUGCGCGUUUUCUGGAAUCUGAAAAGACAGUACGUGAAGUAAAUGCUGCUGAUGGUGUGCGCACCAUUGUGACAUCGUCCAUGACAAGUGAUGGACGCAACCAUGAAGAGAAAAUCUUUCGCCAUGGUGAAGGAUAUGUAUCACCACGUUGUUCACCACAGCGUGAAGAACGCCCCUUCUUCGAGACACCCGAAAGCGAACGUGAGAGUUCAGUGCCGCGUUCUUUAAGCGGUCGCGCCAGUGCAACACCACCACGGUCUAUUGACAUGAUGGCCGGUGGCCGCCGUAUCCUCAUACGUCUCGAAGAUGAAACGAACGAGUUGAGUACACAUCACGAAACCUACGACUUUACUGACUCGGUUCAGGCGCGCAUACGUCAGUUAGCACGCAGUCCAGACGGCGGUGGUGGCCUGCCUGCGGGUGCAAUGUAUAACGUUGCGAUGGAAACGUUACCUGGUAACAUUGACAUUACGGUUGGUAGCACCCACCACCACCACCACCGUCCUCAUCAACAGCAAACGGAUUUGCAACAGCCCAGCCAAUGGUAUUACCAACAGCAACGGCAGGAACAACAAAUGGACAGCGAAAACAGUGUGGAGAAUGUGGUUUCCAAAACACAAAUACAACAAGAACAGGCAUAUCAUCAACAAACACCAUGGCAAAUGACAAAGUCAACGCAUUCAGGCAAAACAGUUACAAUCAGUGCACCAACAGGAGAGGCCGCGACAGGACAAACGAAACCUGGUACGCAUACGUCUAGUGCAUUAGAGACGGGCCAAUCGCACGGUUCUUCAGCGGAAGAAUCGCAACGAGUUGUUAGCACGAAAAAGAAAACGACAACGACCACAGUUACCAGUAGAAGGUAUGCAAGCGAAGAUCGCGAACUGCAAGAAGAACAACAACGUCAAGUUAUCGUUGGAAAAUUAACGCGACCGACCGGUUUAGCUUUAUCCGGUGCGAAUGUGCAAAUCGGUGGAACCACGGUUGGACAGUCAAAAGGCGAAAGCCUACUGAAAGGUGAAUUAAGUGACGACUCAGAUACUGAAGGUGUGGCUGCAAAGAAUCUGGUAAUUGUGCCCACACGUGUGGAGCCAAGCCAGACAGCAGUAGCUGGAGCGGCCGGAGUGAGUCAGAGUCAAAGUCACAGUCAGAGUUCAAGUGCAAGUGCGAGUGCAAGUGCUAGUGCAAUACAUACGCCAACAACCUCUUCAACGACAACUGCCAGCAGUACUUUCGGUAAGAGUCUGACAGGACAUCAGACACUACAACAACAAAGUACUCAAGACGAAUACCAAGAAUUCCAAUCCACAAUGGCAGCGAUUAAUUUCGCCCGCAGCAACUCCCAAUACGACAGUCAUAUCAGGGAGAAGAGAGAGGAGCAAGAACGUGUGCAGAAGAAGACAUUCACUAAUUGGAUUAAUUCGUACCUCUCGAAGCGUGUUCCACCGCUUCGUGUUGACGAUAUAAUCAACGAUUUACGCGAUGGUACCAAACUUAUUGCACUUUUGGAAGUGCUAUCCGGCGAACGUUUGCCCGUGGAGAAGGGUCGCGUUCUUCGGCGUCCGCAUUUCCUCAGCAAUGCCAAUACAGCCUUACAAUUCUUAGCCAGUAAACGAAUCAAGUUGGUGAAUAUUAACCCGGCAGAUUUGGUGGAUGGGAGACCACCAGUUGUGCUGGGUCUGAUAUGGACCAUCAUAUUGUACUUCCAGAUUGAGGAGAAUAGCCGCAACCUUGAAUAUUUGGGUCAUGGUAUUGGCGGUUCGGUUAGUUCUCUCGAUAGCGUUGGCAAGGCAGUCAGCGACCAAAAGGCUGAGAAAUGGAAGCAAGGUGCUAGGAAGACUCUAUUGAAUUGGGUUACCAAUGCCUUGCCAAAGGACAGCGGUAUUGAGGUAAAGGAUUUCGGUGCUAGUUGGAGAGAUGGCGUCGCCUUCCUAGCCCUGAUUGAUGCCAUUAAGGCAAAUCUUGUCAAUUUAGCCGAUUUGAAGAAGGCCAACAAUCGUCAACGUCUGGAAACUGCUUUCGAUGUGGCCGAAAGUAAACUGGGCAUUGCCAAAUUGUUGGAUGCUGAGGAUGUGGAUGUACCAAAACCGGAUGAAAAGAGUAUAAUGACAUAUGUGGCGCAAUUUUUGCACAAGUACCCUGAACCAAAAGGUGCCUCUCGUGAUACAUCACAUAUACAACAGGAAUUGGACGAACUACGUCGUUUCCUGAUUGAAAAGACUACAGAAUACGAGCCCAUGGUCAUGUCGAAUUCAUUCCCGCGUGAUUUCGCUGAAUAUUUGAUUGCACGUUCGGAAAUCGACGCUCACUUGCCGGUCUACAAUCGCCUGAAGGAAUUGAUGGAAAGUCAAAGUGGUUUCCUACAAGUACCACGCCCUGUAUGGGAGGACAUAAAUUCGCUGUGGCAACGUUUGCAAUAUCAAAUGAAUUAUUGGCUGUGGUUGUUGGAUUCAGAAUUGCCCGGCGAAUUCGGUGUGGUCGGCAAGUGGCUCGCUGAAGCCGAAAAAUUACUAAUGGAUAACGAGAUACCAAGUGCCAUGAAUGAAGAGACAGCAUCAGUGAUCAGUAGAAAAUUGGAGGAGCAUAAGUUAUUUUUUGCCGAUUUGCCGCGUAUUAUGGCAAUGUUCGAGAAUGCAAAGCGUUCACCAUUGGUGCAACAAGUGCCCAUCGAGCAAUUGCGUAAUAUGGGGCGUCGUCUGCAAGAAGUGGCGCCCAAGGCAGCCGAGCGUAGAAUACGCUUAAAGUUCUUGGAACAUAAGUGCUGUCUUAUUGCUUUCCUCAAUUUGGUUGAGAACAAAAUGAAGGGUUGGACUGGCAAAUAUGGCUACGAAGAGAAGGUCAGCCAACAACUGGAACAAUACAAGAAUUUCGUAUCGCGUAACAAAAUUUUCCAAGAGUUCCAGAAAGCUUUCGUCGACAUGCAACAAGUGGUGGACGAAUACAAACGGGAUGGCAAUGUGCCACGCAAAGAUAUAACAGAAAUCGAUCGCUUCAUGUACGAGACUGAGGAGCGUUGGAAGCGUGUCUCCAUGGAGUUGAAAUGCUGCCAGAACUCAUUAGAAGAGGUUGUGACCUGUUGGAAGACAUGGAAUAAUUUGGCGCCCACCUGUGAGGAAUGGCUCAAUUUGGCCGAAACUAAGUUGUCGCGCUCAGAAGAUGAACGUUUGGAGUUUUUCCAGGACAUCACCACAUGGAAGGACAAAUUCGAUACACUCGCCAAUGCGGCAAACUAUUUGAUUGCCUCCUGCGAGGAUGGCAUUGCGCACAACUUACGUCAGAAGCAUGGAAAUCUAUCAGAGCGCUUUGAGCGUCUCUUUUCCAACACCAAGCAAUACAUGCACGCAGGUGAUAUCAUACGCGCUCGUAACGAAUACAAGUCGGGCAUUGAAAAGCUUUCACAAUGGCUGCGCCAUGCUGAACAAGUGCUCGGGCAACGACAAAUGCUGGGUAAUACACAACAGAUUGCCAAAUAUGGCGAGGACUUGCAAAAGCUAGCUAGCGAGAUUGACGAUAAUGAGGAACUCUUCAAGACGGUUAGCCGCAACUUCCAAGGACUUAUACAGGAUCUACCACGCGACGAGGUUGAUAAAAUGAUGAAAUUACUCAAGCAGGAGAAGGAGUCGUUGGUGCGCAUACGCGCGCAAAUACCAGCGAAAUUGCACCUCUUCCAUCAGCUACUCAUACAGCAGGAAUCGCUCGAAGCGGGCCAGAAAGAAAUACACCAAUGGCUGAAUGAUGCAGAGACGUUGCUGAGCACGCAUACGCUUUCAGGUGGACGUGACGCCAUUAGCGAGGAGCUGAACAAGCACAAAACUUUCUUCUCGCGCACCGUCUACUAUCGCUCCAUGUUAGAGAGCAAAAAUAAGGUUUUCCAGAACCUAUUGAAGUCCGUUGCCGCUGAUGAUAAUAUCGACACUUCGCAGACGUCACACAGUAUGCAACAGCUGAACGAGCGCUUUAAUUAUGUCAUACAAAAUGCUGAGCAGUGGGAGCAGCGCUUGAAUGACACCUCACGCGGUUGGCACGCGUUCAAGGAAAGCGAACGUGUUGUUAGCGAAUGGCUAACGCAGGCCGAAUCAAUGUUAAUUGAGAAACACAUUGAAUCGAAGACAAUAAUCGAGACACAGAAAUACUUCUUUGAAAAUGUCAACGAGCGUUGGAUGCACAAUCUGGUGGAAUCAGCACAGGACUUGCUGAAAACGUUACCGGCUCAAGAGCAAAAGCCUGUGGUGGACUCGGUUGAGAAGUUGCAAGCCAAGUGGCAGCAAGUUUUGUCGCAAGCGCCAUUACAUUUGCUGAAGCUAGAGUUCCGUCUUGACGAAUCGGCCUUCUAUCAGACGCUGCAGGAAGUUGAGAAGGAAUUGCAUUUGGAACAACAAGCUUUGAACCGCAACGAAGAUAUCGACUCAAUUCUCAACCGCAAUGAGCAAUUCUUCCGGCAACAAGGACCAAUACCGCAAAUUGAAAAGUGCUUGCAGAAUAUGCAUCGCAUUAGUCAAGCUUAUGGUUACCAAAAACCAACCGACAACAGUUUGGGUCAGUCUUAUGACAAUGCUAAGCUGCAGUGGCAGCAGUUGUCCGGUAAAAUUGGAGAUAUGCGCGAGACAUUGCAGCAAAUACCGGCACAGUGGGACAGCUACCAUGAGAAAUUUAAGGAGAUGGUCGAGUGGAUGAAUAUUGUGGACAAGAGUCUGAAGAAUAUUGUCAAUGAAGUGAACAGCAUGGAGGAGUUCGAGAAGGAAAAAGUGGUCUUCCAGAAAAUCUGCCAAGAAGCAGAUAACAAAAGGGAGGACAUGAAAUGGCUGGUGAAAACGCUAGACUCCUUACUUAGCUACGCCAGCGAAGAUGAGGCAAAUCUCGAACAGAAGAAACUCGAAGAUCUAAUUGCUCGCUACAAGAACCUCAUACCGACCAUCGAAAUAACAAUGGUUAAGACCGAGGUGUUCUCCAAGUGCUACACAUAUCGUCGUGAGGUGCACGAGGUUGUCUGUCUGCUUAGCAAAGUGAAGGAGCAAGCCACCAAUAUACCCCCACCAGAGAGCCUUGAACGCGUCAAUAAACUUAUUGAAGAGCAACAAUAUGCCAUUAGCCAGCUUGACCAUCAACGUCCACACAUUAUGUCGAUGUUACAGCGUGGUCGUGACUUGAGCAAAGAUGUACAUGCGCCAACUUUCGUUAAUGUAGAAGUGAAGAACUUGGAGACAGGCUGGAAUGAGGCAUACACAGAAACUUCUGACAAAUUGCAAUUACUCAAGGGCACCCAGGCUGUGUGGAAUGAUUUUGUCGAUCAGAAGAACGACAUCUUUUCCAUGUUGCAGACAGCGGAGACAGAAUUGCGUGCGUUGACACCACUUCAAACCGACCCCAAGAAUGUGAGUCAAGAUUUGCAAGCUAAGCGUGAGCUGAAUGUUCAUCUGCAGCAGGCCUCACAUCAAUUGCUGCCUAAAUUGCAUUCCUUGAAAGCCGAGCUGGCACCUUUGGCCGCGCCAGAUAAGCGUCCCAUAUUAGAGAAGGAAGUGACUGAAGUCGAGAAGAUGUUCUUUAAUACAAUGGAACAUGUAAAGGAUCGCGUCGGUUAUCUAGAAGAUUAUAGCGCCAAGUGGAACAACUAUAAAUCGCGCCUGUCUGAAUUGCAAGAAUGGGCAAAUCGUGUGGCGCCUAAGAGCAUAGAAGCAUUGCAGUCCGAAGACCUCACACCCGAAGAGCGUGUUGUGAAGGUGAACGCUUUCAAGGGCGUGCUUGGCGAGCGCAUGAAGCAGCUGGACAUAUUGGCUUCGGAUGCUGCCGAACUGGCACCCAAGGAGGGCAAUAUCGCCGAAGCUAAACGUCUUAAAGGUGAAAUCACCAAACUGCAAGAGGUGCUGAGCGCAAUCAACCGUAAUGUUGAUCAUCAAGCUAAGGCUGUGAAGGAAGAUCUGGUGAACUGGCAACAAUACCAAACUGGUUUGCAGCAAAUCAAGCCGAUAGUUGAGGAAUGUGAAAUCAAGGUAAAUACCAUAGUUCCUAAGCCCAUUACACUUGAAGAAGCCGUUGCAUUGCAACAAAACGCCAAACAGUUCGAAACACAAUGCCUCGAGCAGUUAGACAGACUCCAAGGCAUAUCAAACAUUAGUCAUAAAAUGCUGUGCAAAACCAAUGCCCCUGACGAGCUAGAUGCCAUGCAUUCCCGCUGGACAUCGGUUCAUGAAAAUGCCAGGCAAGCCAGUGGUAAGCUGGAAAAACUUGUCGCCAAUUGGAAAUCUUUUGAUGCCGACGCUACCAAACUGGAAGAUUGGGUCAAUAAGGGCGAUCAAGCGAUGGGCAAACGCCCGGCAGUGCUCAAUACACCGCACGUCGAUAAGCUUGAGAAGGAGCUUGUCAAACUCAAGUCAUUCAAUAAUGAAAUUUCGGAGCAACAAGCAAAACUCGUCGCACUUGGUCAAGCAGCCGAUCAGAUAAGUUUGCAUUUGGCGCCAGAGGGCGCAGUUGCACUCAAGGAGCGUGUUAAUAAUAUGAAAGCCAAACUGCAGAAGCUCUCCGAGGGUACACGUGCUAAUAUCAAUGAAGUAACCGAUGCGAUUAUAGCGCGUCAAGAUUUCAAUGCCAAAAUGGUGAACUUUUCCAAUUGGAUGGAUCAGCUACGCAACCAAGUGGCACAAGUCGAGGAAAUCAAUCCUGAACGCGUUGAGACCAGUUUACACGUUAUUCAUGCUUUGAUGCAAGAACAUGCCGACAAGAAACCCAGCUUCAAUGCAAUAUACGAUGAAGUGAAACAACUUUCGCUAUCCGCGCCAGCUGAAGAAGCCAAAACACUGAAUGACAGUUAUACAACACUGGUUGUUAACUAUCAGAACCUCGAAACAAAUCUGCAGCAAAAGAAGGUCGCGCUCGAGAAGUGGACAGAAAUACUUGGCUGGAAAAAUGAGACCGAAAGUCACUUGAAUUAUUUGAAACACCAACUGGAGAAGCCCGAAGGUCCGAAGCCAGAGGAGCUUAGUAAGAUCAUCAAUGAAAUCGAUACAAUUGGCAGCUCGGUGAGUUAUUGGAAAGCACAAGCCAAGGAGAUCGAUGAAAGUCCGGCCAUCCAAUUACGUGAUGCUUUGACACGUAAACCACUGAUUGCCUCACAGAUUGUUAAUGAUGUCGAAAAUAAAUUGGACAAUUUGAAAAUACGGUCUCAGGCACAAAAACAGCAGGCUGAACAGAUGAACGUACGCAAAGAGAAAUUCCAAACGCUUGGUCAGAAUUUCGGUCAGUCAUUGCUAGACAAUCGGGCUAAAUUGCAUAGCAUUCUACAACAGAAGCCCGGUUUGCAUAAUAUAGACCAAAUUAUAGCCGACUUAGUUGCUUUGAAUGAGGUAAUCAAGGGGCAGGCCGAAUUAAAGGAUCGCCUUCAUGAUGAGGGCUCUAUAUUGAUGCGUGAAGAUAUCGGUAUUAUGCCCGCCAUACAAGAAAGUCUCUUGAUCUUCGACAAAGACUAUGACACGCUGCAGAACGAAAUUGCCGAUCGCAUACAAAAGUAUAAUUUGAUUAGCCAAGCGUUGCGCGAAUACGCUGACACAAAAGAUAAGUUUGCGAAAGAACUUAAGAAGGCCGAAGAUCUAUUCAGCGCUAUACCACAGCAACCGCGCGAUGAAGUGGAAUUGCAACAGGCUGCGGAAAAGACGCGCAAAACUAUGGAGCAAAUACGCAAGUCCAAGGCGAAUCUUGAUGAUCUUGAGCGACGCGGCAAUAAUGUGGCGAAGUUAUUUGACGCCAUCGGCGAAAUUGUGCCACAAGAAAUCUCCAAUGAUGUAAAGGCAGCCAAACAGCAAUGGCAAGAUUUGCACGACAAGACUGCCAAGAGUGCACAUAUGUAUGAGACAGAGGCGGUAAUCUGGUCACAGAUCGAAGAUGCUAAGAAGGAACUAGUACCAUGGUUGGCUGAAACUAAUCAGGGUCUAUGUGAUGCUGCUGAUAAUUCAAUUGAAAUCGAAUUCGGCCCUAUGCGUCUGACUAAGUACCAUGCUGAAUUGCCUUCCUACCAAAUACUGAAGGACACCAUCGCAGAGAAGAGUCGCGAACUUGUAAAAAUUAACAACGGCGUGGAAAUUCCAGCACUUACUGAAUUAAAUAAACUGCUCACAGCGCAGUUCCAGGAAGUGGAUUCGAAUGCCGCACGUUUAGAAGCAGUCACUUCAACUUUCAAUGAGCAAGAACAGGAUUUGCGCAAGAAGAUCAAAAUCGCAGGCGAGCAAGUGAACAAAUUGCGUGAGCAGUUGAUCAAAUGCGAUGACAUGUCAGGUGAGCCGAGCAAAAUCAUGGAACGUCUACUGAAAUGCCGCGACUUACGCAGCGCCUUAGACGGAAGCGCUAAUGAAAUUGACAACAUUAAGCAGUGCGUUGAUGAGAUGCGCGCCCAAUAUCCAACAUUCAGUGAGUCGAUUAUACCCAAGGAACUGAACAAUGUGCAAAAACGCUUUGAGGCCGUGGAUACACAUGCAAAGAAGAUCGAGUCCUCACUUCUGCAAUUUCUGAAGAAAUUCCAUGCCGAUAAGGUCGGUAUGCUGAAGCGCAUAAUUGCCACACAGCGCGAAAAGGUGGCUUGGUGCCAACCUGAGUCAACAAGUGACAAAUACAAUUUGGAUGUGAAGCGUUCAUCGCUACUGGAGGUCAGCAAGGCAAUUGACGAUUGCCAAAAGCGUAAUGCUGAAAUUGGAAAAUCUCUGGAGCUACUACAAGCUGUUGAAACACCACAAAAUCUUAAGGACUUGCAAAAGGACGCCGAAUUAUUGAACGGUGAAAUGAAAGCAUUGCAAGAUAAUUUCAAUAAAAUCAAGAAUGUGCUCGAUGAAAAUGUAGAUUUAUGGUCGCAGUACGAGCAAACCAAUGAAGAGCUUUCCUCGUGGUUACGCGAUGUUGAGGGGCGCAUCAAAGCCGAGACAAGCAAUCAAGUGAAUGUACCAGAAAUCCAGAAGAAGUUGCAAGAACUCGCCUUAUUGCAGCAAGACAUUAAAGCGCACGAGCCAGUAGUGCAGAAUUUAGAGAAGACAUCACAGCUGCUGAUGGAGAAGAAUCCCGAAGCACGUAUUGGUCAAUUUGUUACACACUUGCUACAACGCUACCAAACUGUGGCCAAGAGCUUGGCUGGCUACAUCGACAAGGUGCAAAACGCACAGCACGCGAAUAGUGAUUUUGUGACAGCCGUGAAAGAUUUCAAUGACUGGUUGUCUGAUGCGAAAGUUGAGUUCCAAGAAUUGGCGCGCAUGGGCUCACCCGGCUCAUCUUCGGCUACUGCUCAACAGUUGCAGACAGUGAAGAACUACUUGAAGACCUUCGAUAAUGGCCAGCUUUUGUUGAAUAAUGCUGUUGAUAUCGGUGAGGCACUAUAUCCUGUUGUAAUACCUGAGUACAGAGAGAAGAUUCGAGCAGAGCUGCGUAAUAUACGCGAAAACUACGACUAUUUACGUGACGAAGCCAAUGCGCUCUUACAACAGAUUGAGGGCGUUUUGAUACAGAAGACCUCCAUUGAGGAGAGUUACACGCAGGUGUCGCACUACCUCAACGAGUCCAAAGCCAAGGUGGCCGCAGCUGAUGAACUCUAUCCCACCUUGGCGGCUAAGAAGAGCGCUCUGCAGAACUACAAGACACUUCUGCAAGAGAUAACAUUGCAUAAGAACGCUUUAAAACAAUUGCACGAUAAGGCUGUGACACUCUGCGAUGACGAAUCUGAACGUAAAACCGAAGAGUCUAUCGAAGAGUACAAUGGUUUGUCUAAAAAAAUUGCCGAUCGUAUCAAUGUGGUCGGCAACCAGGUUGUCAAGCAUGAGGCAUAUGACCAAGUACUGGAGAAAGCACAAGAUUGGCUCAACACCAUAAAAUCGGAAGCAAUUGAUAUUUUGAAUGAGACAACUUUUGAAAAGGAAGGUGCAGAAGAGAAGUUAACUGUUGUUGAGAAUCUGCUGCAACACAAGCCCGAAGGCGACACAAUAUUCGAGACAUGCCACCAACUAUUGCAAACUGUGCUUUCACAAACACACCCCAACGGCCAUCCAGCAUUGCUACGUAGCUACGAAGAGCCAAAGAAGUCAUGGGAUGAAUUUAUGACUUUGUGUCGGGAUUCUCUCGUCAAAUUGAAACAACUUUGUUCUAAAUGGGAUGAGUUUGAAUCCAUUAUCGACGAGAUCGAUAAUUGGAUGAAAGAUGUCGAGAAUGUCGUGAAGAAUCAGAGUUUGAAGAGCACGGCUGGCACAAAGAAAGCGCACUUAGCCCAACUCGAGAGCAUUGCAAAAGACAUCGACCAACGAGCAGCGUCCAUUAAUGACUUACUCGACCAAGGUCGUGAAAUCGAGGGUGAAACCGAUUUGAAUCUUAAACUGUCUCGACUGAAUACACGCUAUCAAACGCUGAAGAAUCUCUGCAAAGAAUCUAUUGCGAAGUACGCCAAUUACGUAAAGGAUCAUGAAACCUUCGACACUGAUUAUGAAGUGUUUAAGAAAGACUUACAGCAGUGCAUAGAAAAUUUGGCACAAAACGGUGAAAUUGUCGGGGAUCAGAACAUAUUGCAAGAACGCCAAAACAAAUUGCGUGAGAUGGCAGACAAACGCAUCAACGAUUCAACUAGCUUUGAAAGCUUGGUCGAUCGCGGUGAGAAGUUAUACGGACAUACAAGCCCCGAUGGUCGCGAGAUAAUUCGCCAACAACUGCGUGCGUUGCGUACCAUGUGGGACAAUUAUUCGGAUGACCUAAAUGCGGCCACACAGAAUAUAGACCACUGCCUGCAACAGUUCAACGAUUUCAAUAUUGCCAAGGAUCAGCUGACCAAAUGGUUAAAGGAUGUAGACAAGGCGAUGCAGAGCCACACCGAACCAAAGACAACACUGCAAGAAAAGCGUGCACAGCUGCAAAACCACAAAUUGCUUCACCAGGAAAUUACAACACACAAUGUAUUGGUGGAUAACGUUUGUGAUAAGGCGCAGGUGUUAAUCGAUCAAAUCAAGGACAACACACUGAACGUCUAUCUACAGUCUAUCAAACAAUUGUUCAACAACAUUGUGAAGAAGUCUGAAGAAAUUCUAAAUAAUUUGGAUAAAUGCGUGCAAGAGCAUACCGAUCUACAUAAUCAAAUAGCAGCCGCUAAGACUUGGAUCUCUGGCGAGAAGGAGAAAUUGCUGGAGUGUGACGACGCCUAUGGUGAAAAGGCUGACAUCAAGCGAAAGAUUGAGACAUUGGUGCAGCUGGCUCAGAAUAAACCGCAUGCGCAAAAGAUAAUCGAAGAAAUACGUGGUCAGUUCGAGAAGGUGAAGGCCACUACUUCAGAAAAGGGCAAUGAGAUCCUCGAAAAAGAAAUCGAAGAACUAGAGACCACUAUAAAGAGUCACUUUGAUGAUAUUGAAGGCAUCGAAGGUAAGCAAAAGGACGUUCUGCAGCAAUGGAAUGAUUUUGAGAGCAAACUUGAAGAGCUCACAAAAUGGUGUCGUCAAGCCGAAGUCGUCUUCCGUGAACAGCAAUUAAAGUCAACUUUGCACGAGAAGGUGGAACAAUUGGAGAAAUACAAAAUCCAACGUGAUCUUAUAUUGCAGAAAGAGAAGGAGAUUGACGCAUUUGCUGACGCAGCUCACGCUCUGUUGAACAAUUGUGGUGCAGAUCGUCUGAAAACGCUAACAAUGCAAAUCACCAACCGCUACCAACUAUUGCAAGUACUCAGCAAAGAGGUAGUGAAUCGUUGGUCGAACUUAGUGGAUGAUCAUCAAAUCUACCAGGACAAAUACAAUGAAGUGGAUUUGUGGCUUCAACCGGUCGAGCAACAAUUGGAGAAUGCGCUUAAACAUGAACCUUCUCAAGCCGCAAAUAUUUUACAAGUUCUGCUCUCUGAGAAAGAGCAAGCAGAAACGCUCUUCAAUGCGUUGAAUGCUGCCGGUGAGAAGGCGUUGCCUGAAACCUCCACUGAGGGACGCGAAAAAAUACGCAAAGAUUUGCGUGAUAUACAUGAACGUUGGGACAAACUGGACGAAGGUAUACGCAAUCUGCAGAAACGGCAAGAGGCACAAAGUGUGCAACUAUCGAGCUACCAGGAUAUACUUGGACAGACACUCAACUGGCUGGAUCAAAUAGAAAAGGUGCUACAGAACGAAAAUCCCAACACCUGGACUAGUGCGCAGGAAAUACGCUCCAAAUUGUACAAGUACAAGACCACCACACAAGACAUCAACUCGCACAAGCGCAUCAUUGAGGCUGUGAAUGAGAAGGCGGCUGUACUUUUGGAGGGUACUGCCCCUACAAAUAUUGCUGAUAUCAAGAACGCCGUUGCCGAUGUAAACAAACGAUAUGAAAAAGUGGCCGAUGACUGUGCCACAUUGCUUGGACAGCUCGAGGAAGCAUUUGAGGUGUAUCAGCAGUUCAGUGAAUUGCAGAAGGCACAGCAGGAUUAUCAGAAGAAUCUUUGGGAUCGCUUGACCGGCUACUCAGAUUACUCUGGUAACAAGCCAGCUUUACAAGCGCGCCUAAAUAAGAUAUGCGAAAUUCAAGAUAGUUUACCCGAAGGUGUUUCUAAACUACAAAACCUCUCAGCUCAUAUUGAUGAGAAUGCAAAGUUGUUGCCUGCGCGCUCUAAAGAGGCGAUGUCACGAGAUUUAGCCAACUUGCAUGCGGACUUUGAUAAAUUUAGCGCCGCACUUAGCGACGUAAAGAGUGGCCUUGAGAAUCGCCUACAACAAUGGAGCGAUUACGAAGUAAAUCUGGAUCGUUUGAUUAAUUGGUUGAGCGAAGCUGAGAACGCACUCAAGAACUAUAAUCCAAAGUCGACAAUGGAAGAGAAGGAAGAGCAAUUAAAUCGCUUCCAAUCGCUUAUGCAGAACUUACGUCAAAAUGAAAUAGAGUUCGAAAAAAUGAAAGACGAUUCCUCGGAAUUAAUCCAAAGUUCUGGUGAGACCAGAAUCGCUGUUAACGUACAGCAAGUUACCUCACGUUUCCAAUCCAUUCAAGCGACCACGAAAGAGAUUCUCAAGAAAUGCGAACAAUCUGUGUAUGACCAUCAACAAUUUAACGAAAAAUACAAGCAAUGCUCUGAUUUCUUGGCAAAUGCGCAAGCGAAGUUCGAUGACUCCAGCGAUCUCGCGCAAGUGGGUUCGCGCGAUGAUCUGCUAAAGAAGCAGACCGCAAUCCAAGAACUCUUAGCCCAACAACCCAAUGCCUCUUUGAUGUUAAACAGCACCAUCGAAGGGGGUGAGAAAUGCUAUGCAUCCACGGCCACGGAAGGACGUGAAGCCAUACGUGUGCAAUUGGCCGAAUUGCAGGAAGCCUUCGACAAGCUUUAUGACAAUCUCACAAUCGUUUCUAGAAAGAUUCAAGAUAAGAUGUCCAAAUGGUCUGGAUUUGAUGAAAUCGCCGAAAAAUUGCAGACGUGGUUGAAUGAAAUUGAGAAAGCCCUACCAGCUGAGAUUGAGUUGAAAACCACGUUGGACGAGAAACGCGCUAAAUUGCAAUCGUACCGCGACACUCUUAAUGAUCUCAACAAUCAUCAAGUUGAGGUGAAGAAUUUGCAGGAAAUCGCUAGCAAUUUGCCGGAGAAGAACGAUCAUGUCGACCAUGUUACUAAAGAGAUUGCUGAGCAAUUCGAUAAAGUGCUCAAACGUGCCCAGAACUUUGUUGAACGCUACGAGGCUAUUGUGAGUGACCACCAGCAGUACACUAAGGCCGUCAUGGAAGCACAAGAGUACAUUGAAGCCACGCACAACACAAUUGACUACUGGGGUGAUUUGGAUUUGGAACAAGUAUCUCUGCAUACAAACUUAGAUCGUUUGAAAAAUCUCAAAGACAACUUAGCCGAUGAGUUCCCUCGCGUGGAUCAAGUCCGCGCCUUGGGCGAAAAGGUUAUUCCUGGCACUAUUGAGAGUGGACAGACAAAUAUCAGAUCCCAAAUUGAUACCACCCAACAGGAGUGGGAAGGUCUUAUCGCUGCCAUUACCUCGACCAUUGAAGCUAUCGAGAACCGUUUGCAGCAGUGGGCAGAAUAUGAGCAGCUACGCGACCAAUGCCUGGCGUGGAUCCGCGAAUCGGACAACAAGUUGCACGCAAUUGACUUGAAGCCUACACUUAACGAUAAGAAGGCGCAAUUGGAAGCAUUGAAAAAUCUACAAGGUGAAAUGCGCGCUAAGGAGCUAGAAAUCGACAGCGUUUCAGAGAAGGGUCAAUCAUUGCUGAAGGGUGCGUCCAGCAUGCGCUCAUCUGGACCUGAGUUGACUACGAAAUAUCAGCAGAUCUUCCACAAAGUAAAGGAACUCAACAACCGUUGGCAACAGUAUGUCACAUCUCAUCAAGAAUUCGAUAACGCCAUUUCUGAGUGUUCCACUUGGAUUAAUGGCAUCAAAGAUAAGUUGGACUACUGUGCUGAUAUGUCCUCCAUGAGCCAAAAGGAACUGGAUAAGAAGUUAGCAACUAUUCAGGAUAUUAUACUACUCAAAGAUGAGGGCUCUGCGAAGGUACUCAGUAUUGUUGAGCUAGCGCAGAAUGUGCUUGCCAAUACCGCACCAACCGGGCACGAAGCGAUCAACAAAAAACUAUCAGAUCUACAAGAAUUGUGGUCCAAUAUUGCAUUGCGCAUUAUCGAUGUAAAAUCUACUCUUGAUGAUUCCAUUACUCAGUGGUCUGGUUUCUUGGAACAAGUACAAAAUGUACGUAAAUUCAAUGAAUGGUUGGAGAAUGUGUUGAAAGAGCUCUCCGAAAAUCAAACUACAAUGCCUGAGAAGCGCGCUCAACUCGAUCGCGUAAAGGCCACCGAAGAAAAGGUGCGCAUGGAGAAGAUUGAUGUUGAUUCGUUGAAGGUGCAGGCUAGAGAGAUGAUCGAAAGCGGUCAACAAAGUCAGGCAGCCUUCCAGGCUCAGAAAGUACUCGAUAAUUUCGAUGAAUUGUUUGCGCGCAUCCAGAAACUGCUCUCCGAUCGUCAUGAUCAAUACAGAGAUCAUCGUCUCUACAAGGAAGCUUAUGAUGAUUUGGUUAGCUGGAUUAGCCGUGCACGCGAGAAGUUCCCAUCGCUUAAGCAGAGUAGUCUCAGCGAUAAGUUGGCCAUUGAAAAUGCCGUGCAGGCAACUGAAGCCAUGCUGAAUAAGCAAGCUCAGGGCGAAUUAUUAGUGGAGCAUUUGGUUCACACGGGCGAAGUUGUAUUGGCUAGUACAUCCCCGCAAGGACAAGAGAUUAUUCGUAAUGACAUACGUGCUUUGCGUGACAGCUUUGAGUCACUGUUCCGUGAAAUUAACCAACAGAAAGAAAACUUGGAGGUUACCAUGGUUCAAUGGCGGGCCUACAAAGAUGAAUACGAACGGUUGAUCGAGUGGUUGCAACAAAUUGAUAUUCUUGUUAAGAAUCACAAACUGAACUUGUCGCCAAACUUACCAGAUAAAGAAAAACAAGUGGCGGAUAUGCGUGAAGUAAUGUCUCGUUUGGAAGGAGGCAAAGCGGAUAUCGAUAAAUUCAAUGCUUCAUCCGCGGGACUCCUGAAAUCACAUUUGGAGUCCUAUGUGAACAAUCAGCUGAGACAUUUGAACUCGAUGUAUCAAGUGCAAGUUAAUCUGGCUAAAGAUGUGCUAAAGAAGGUUGAAACCAAUCGCGAUCAACAUCGUGAAUACAAUGCGAACUUGAAGUCAGCGCAGGAUUGGAUCAGUGACGCCAAGGAUGCAAUACGCGAGGCUAGUGAUUCUUCCAGCGCUGGCUCAAAGGAGCUACUGCAGAAACGCUUGGAGAAAAUUCAACAAUUGAUUAGCAAUAGGGAGGUGGGACAGAACUUGGUACACACGGCGAUCAACAACGGUGAAAAGGUAGUUAGAAAUACUCGCUCCGAUGGUCGUGAUACGAUCAACAGCGAGAUGAAAGAACUGCAGAAUGAUUGGGAUAGGCUGGUAAAGAAAAUGUCCACUGCCAAGGUACAGUUGGAGACCAAUUUACUGCAAUGGGCCGACUACAGCUCUAGCUAUUCACAACUGCAACAAUGGAUUACCGACCGCGAGUCCAAGUUACAACAAGCAUGCGAACAGAAGGUUGUAAAAUCGAAACGAGGUCAACCAGGCUUAACCUCUGGUUUAAGCGAGCGUAAAGCCAAUUUGCGUCAAACUAAUAACAUUGUGCAGGAUAUAGUCUCCUUCGAGCCAAUGAUACAAUCGGUGGCAUCGAAGGCAUCCGAUUUACAGCAAGGCGCCCCAGCCUCAGAAAUAUCAUGCAAAUAUGAGACACUCACCAAACAGGCCAAGGAUCUGUACGAAAAACAAAAGAAUACUAUCGACCAAUUCCAGGCAUUGAUUGAUGCCGGCAAUGAAUUCGCUGCAUGGCUGCGUAAUGCCAAGGAGCAUCUGAGCAAAUGUUCUGAGCCAACUGGCGAUAAACAAGCGUUAGCUGAGAAGACACACCAACUCAAAAUACUGCAGAGUGAAGUGCCUGAAGGGCAAAAGAAGUUGCAAGCUGUAUUGGUGCAAGGUGAAUUAGCUUGUCACAAUGCUGAGACCGAGGAUCGAGAGAUCAUUGAAGAGGAGGUUGGAUUGUUACAAGAAGAGUUUGAUGCUUAUGUAGAAGCACUGAAGAAGGCCAAAGACUACUUAGAAGUUGGUAUUGUCAAGUGGUCAGACUACCAAGACCAAUACAGCGAAGCGCUAGAAUGGCUUAAUAAGACAGAAGCAAUGGUGCAAUCGUACAACAAACUACAAGAUAGUUUGGCACGCAAAAAGAUAGUAUUGGAAGAGUUCCAAGGUCACUUGCAAACACUUUUCGACUGGCAGAAAACAUUAGAUCACCUCAAUAUGAAGGCACAAAUGUUGCUGGAGACCUGCUCCGAUACACGCGUUAGCAAUGCUAUCAUGCAGUUGGCAACCAAAUACAAUACACUGCUCACGUUGGCCAAGGAAGUGAUGCGCCGUCUGGAGUUGCACUACCAAGAACACCAACAGCACCGCACUUUGUACGAAGAGUGUCAAUCAUGGAUUGAAAUCACACGCGAAAAGCUUGCGGAGUGCGCACAGAUACCAGGUACCUUGAACGAGGUGCAAAUCAAACUUAACACCGUUAAGAACUUGCGCCAAGGCUUUGAGUCCGGUCAGAAUAAGCUACGCUAUCUGCUUGAGCUGAAGGAGAAAGUGAUUAUGAAUACCGAACAAAGUGGUGCGUCCAAGGUUCAGGAGGAUACCGAAGCACUGAAACAAGACUUUGACAAGUUGUUGAUCGACAUGAACGACGUACGCCAGAAAUUGGCGAAUCGCCUGUCACAAUUGGAAGAGGUUUACAAAUUACAUAAACUGCUAACCGAAUGGCUCGAAGACGUCGAACCCAGCGUCAAGACCAGCGACGAGUUCCUAAAUGAUUUGAGCGAAAAACGUGCAGCGCUCGAGAAAUUCCGCGCCAUUCAACGUGACAUCAACGGUCAUAAUGAUAUUGUCGAGAAGAUUAAUGCGCGCUUGAAUGAAGACAACAGUUUGGAUCGUAAAGACUUCCAUGAGGGUCUCAACAAGUACGAGACCUUACAAGAGACUGUCGGCAAGAUCAUCGAAUCUCUCGAAAACCAAGUCAAUAAUCAUGACAAAUAUAAACAGGCAUUGAAUGAAAUACAAGAUUGGUUGCGCAGAACACGCAUUGAGAUCGAACAAUGCGCCGAUUGUCACGGUGAAAAGGUGCAAGUUGAAGAUCGUCUUAAUAAGCUAGGAGACAUUGGUGCUUCAAUGGUGGAGGGCAAAUCGUUGCUGGAUGCUUGUGAAGAACUAAGUCAAGCAGUGAUUGCCACCAGCGGCAAUGAAGGUCAAGAUGCGGUGUCUCAGGAAAUCAAGCAAUUAGUAGGCGAAUGGGAAACACUUCAGGCGAUGAUGCGUGAUGCGCGCGCCAAUUUGGAGACUUGUUUGUCGUUAUGGAAUACAUUCUUGCAGAAUUUCAAUAAGAUCAACAAAUGGAUUGAAGAUAUUAGCAAGCGUGUAUCUACAGCCGCCGAAGCCGAAAAUAAAACACCCGACGACUUGGCAUACGCCAAGAAAUUGUUGGAGGAAGUUCUGGCGGAGAAGGACAAUGUCGAGGAUCUGAAUGACGCUUGUGAAUUGCUCAUGGAGCACAGCGCUUGCACGCGUGUACGUGAUCAGACAGUGGAGACACAGGCUAACUACACUAAACUGCUGACAUCAGCACAAGGUCUUGUUUCUAAGAUUGAGAAGAAUCUCUCUGAUCAUACCGAGUUCUUGAACUACAAGAAGGAAAUGGAUGCCUGGAUUGAGAAGGCGCAACAAAUAUUGGAUGGCUGCACUGCGGAUGGUGAUGUUAGCGAAAUCGCGCAACAAUUAGAAACCGUUAAUUCGCUUGCUUCUCGUCUACCCGAAGGUCAACAUCUGCUCGGCAUGGUACAAGAUGCCUACACGAAAGCUUCGAAUGUGACACCCGAAGGCAAGCAGGAGGUAUUGCGUGAUCUUAUGACUAAAGUACGUGAGGACUGGGAUGCAUUGGGACUCGCUGUCAAACAGAAGUUGACAGACUUGAAACAAGCACAAAAUCGCUGGUCCGACUUUGCCAACAAUCGCGAUAAGCUCGAGAAAUGGCUUACCGCCACUGAAGAUACACUUAAAAUCGCUCCCGAUACUAAGGGUGAAUUGAGUGAAAUGAAGACACUUCUCGAACGCUACAAAGCACUGCAGAUUGAAAUCAAACAGAAGGGAAACGACAUCGAGAAUUUGUUGGGCGAAGCUAAAGGUUUGGGCACCGAAGUGGAUGCUGUGCACCAAAAGCAGGCACGUUGGGACAAAGUGAAGAAUGAUUGCGCCACCUACAUUAAGGGUCUCGAAAACGAAAUGGCUGACUAUAAUGCCUAUCAUCAAAGCUUGCAAGAUAUCGAGAAAUGGCUACUGCAAAUUUCCUUCCAACUUAUGGCACAUAACUCACUGUUCAUUUCGAAUCGCGAGCAAACAGAAGAACAAAUCAAACAACAUGAAGCACUGUUGGAUGAAAUACAAAAAUAUCAAUCGAAUUUGGAUGAUUUGAAUGCCAAGGGACAAGCGCAAAUUAAACGUUACGCACCGACGACACCGGCCAUACGCGACACCGUCGAAGAGCAGCUGAAGAAUAUUCAGGAAAGCUAUAAUUCGCUGUUACAGACGUCAGUGCAAAUCAAGAAUCGUUUGCACGAGUCGUUGGCGAAAUUCAAGGAAUAUGAGGAUACCUUGGACAGCAUAAUGCGCAAUUUGGAGGCCUAUGAGCCGGUUAUACAAAACGAACUCGAUGCGCCGGCCACGAGUUUGGAAAUUGCGCAACAGCAAUUGAAGUGUGCGCAGGAUUUGCAAAACAAGCUGAACAACGAAAAAUCGCGCCUUGCUGCUGCUGUACAAGCGUGUGAAGCUGCCACUGCUUCCAUCAGCCGCCCCAGCUCUCCGCUGGAGACUGCUAUGCAAGCCAUACCCGAACGCGAGCUCAUUGUGCGCGCGAAGCUGGAAGAUUUGCUGGAUCAAGUGCAAUCCCACUUGGGUGGAUUGACCGCUUCAGUGAGUGAAUUAGAGCAACAACAGAAACAACGCGCCGAGCUACAAGAUUGGGUUAAGAAGCAGCAAUCAGCGGUUUCCGAUUGGUUAACACGACCAUGCAAGUUGCGUCCCGAAGCUGCUAAGCAGGAGCUAGUAGCUAUGAAUGAUUUGUUGAAUUCCAUUGGCGACAAACGUUCACAAUUGAUGUUGGAAAUGACUGGAUCAUUGGCUGACGAAGACACCGAUCUCGACGAUAAUCUCGACAAACUCGAAUCCGAGCUGAUGGACGCUAUCGCCAAGAAACAAGCUGGCCAAAAUGAUAUCGACAGCUACCGACAAGGUGUGCAAGAUGUUCAAAACUGGUUCGACUCGCUAAUCAAACGCAUGGAUGUAUUGGAUAAGGGUUCUGGUUUGAAUUGUGGUCAGAAGGUGGCUGCCAUCAAUGAAAUCAAAAAGGAAUUUGAGGAACAGGGUCCCACCAAAAUACAAGAACUGAAGGGCAAGGCGGCACAGGUUGCUGAGAUUAUUAGCAACUUGGAUGGCCAGCAAGUAGAAGAGCAAAUGAAAUCGUUGGACCGUCGUUACGCUGAUCUUGGUAAGCGUAUCGAUCGUAAGGCACAACUCUUGGAUGUCACCAAUAAGGGUGUUGAUGGUGCUAGAGGCGAAAUUGAUCAACUGCACAACUGGGUCAAGGAUAAGAUACAAGAGCUACAAACACCCACUGUUAUGGGCUAUGAACCAAAAGCUGCUGAAGCACGUCAACAAGCCAUCAAGGGUAUUAUGAAGGAGGCUGAGGCAAAGAAGUCACAGGCCGAUGCUUUGGAGAAACGAAUUGCCAAUAUGAAACCUGAACUUGAACCUGUUGAGUACGCACAACUUGAAUCUGCUCUACGCCAAUUGAACUCAGAGCAAAAGAAUCUUUUAGAAGUGCUGAAAAGCGAAUUGGAUCGUGCAUUGGACGCAUCCAAAGCACGCAAAGCGCUCGAGGUUGAUUUGGAAAAGGCGCGCGCUUGGUUGAAAUCGAAGAUUGCCGAAGUGCGCAAAUUGCCUGUGUAUCAUCCACUGCCAUCGUCCGAAAUUGAGAAGAAAUUACAGGAGAACAAGAAGUACGAUGAUGAAGCCAAACAAUUCAACGAUUCAGUAUUGAGUGAUGUACAACGCCAAGCGGCAAAUAUAAUGAAGGACUGCCCGGAGGCAGAUAGAGCAGCUUUGCAAAAAAUACUUGAUGAAAUAGCAGGCGAUUAUCAAACGUUGAAGGAAGAGAGCAGCAAGCGUGCUAAGGCGUUGGGUGAUCUUUUGCAGGGACGCAAAGCAUUCGAGGAUACUAUGAAAAAUAUGGGUGAUUGGUUGAAUGAGAUUGAGACCGCUACCGCUGGUGAAUUACGCACCACCAGCGUGCCAGUUUUGGAGGAGCAAAUGGCGCACUACAAAAAAUUGCUGGCAGACGCUGAAGGCAAGGCCGACUUGAUGAACAAUGUUGCUGAGCAAGGCAAGGGUAUAUUGCCCACACUAAGCAAUCCUGAUAAAUUGAAACUUAAUGACGACAUCAAAAACUUGAAAGACCGUUACGGCAAAGUAACGCAGAAUAUCAAGGAUCGCGUCAAUACACUUGCGGAUCAUAUCAAGAAAUACAAGGAUGCUAAGGGCAAAUUAGCCGACUGCAUGCAAUUCCUCAGUACUAUACAACAACGUUUGCGCGAUUUAAACAAACCUAUCGGCUCAAAGAUCGAAGACGUUCAAGACUUGCUGGGCGCAUAUGAGGACAUUCUCAAGGAACUUAAGGACAGCAAGAACAAGAUGGGCGACAUACAAAUGGAUGAUUUGCCUGAGUUGCAGAGCAUAUUACAGCAACAGGAUGAUAUGAUCAAACUGAUUGAAGAUCAGUUGGCUCAUUUGCGUCAAUUGUUGUUACUUCGUGAGCAGUUUAUUGCGCUGAUCAAUGAGAUUAUCGCUUUCAUCAUGAAGUACACUGAUGUUAUAAUCGACAUUGAGAACUCGCCUGACAGCUUGGAGGACAAAAUCAAUAAAUACGAUGGUGUGAUUGUUAAGAUUCAAGAAUGCGAGGGUCUUCUCGCAUCCGCUACCGACAAAGGACAGAAGAUUGCAUCUGAAGGAACAGCUGCCGACAAAAAUAGCAUCACUGAGCAAUUACAAUCGCUGAAGAAUCAAUUGCAGAAUUUGCGCAAGGCUGUCGAGUCACAACGCCAAAAGCAUCAAGUGCAACUCGAACACCAUCGCAAAAUGGCUGCCGAACUCUCUGAAAUUCUUGAUUGGUUGCAUAACAAUGAAGCUUCCGCCAAGUCGCGUCCACUAUUGGAUCGCGAUCCCGAAUCUGUGGAACAUGAAAUACAAAAGCAUCAAAAGUUGUGCAAUGAAAUCCAAGAAUAUUUGAAUAAAUUCAACAAAAUCAAUGAUAGCGUCAAAACUGAGGUAGGCAUGCCCAGUUCAUUGGUCGAAAUGCUUUCCGAGGGUCGUUCAUUGGUCUCCUCAUUGCCACAAGAGCUUGAAGAUCGCGAGAAAUACUUGAUUAAUAACCGCGACUCGCGCCUUGAAUACAUGAAAUUGGUGGCCAAGUUCAAUGAUUGGGUGCAUGAAGCAGAGACACGUCUCCAAAAUAGCCAACAUGGAAUCGACUAUGAAAAUCUUGUACAAGACUUGGAAGAGCACAAAAUCUUCUUCGGCAAUGAGACACCCAUCAAGAAUUUGGUACAUAAACAAAUCCAAGAGGCAGCCGAUAAAAUCUGGCCAUCGUUGAACAACUUUGAACAGUCGGAAUUAUCCAGAGAAUUGGCGCAAUAUCAAACAAAAUUAGCAAAUACCUUUGCAACGGCGAAAUCGCAACAAGGUGAAUUAGAGAAGGAAGUCGAGCGUUGGCGCGAAUACCAACAGUCGGUGGAGCGCGUUAAAGCGACCAUCGAGCGUAGCAAGUUCAGCGAUGAACCGGUGCAGAAUUUGGCCGGCCUGCAUUUCAACAUACAGAAGUUGACGCAUGCCAUCGGCAAUGUGCAGAGCCAAACGAGUGACAUCACUCUCGCCAAUCAACAAGCACAGGGACUUAUACGUGAAGCAGACGCGCGCAACCGUCAGCUGAUUGAACAGGAUAACGCUGCAUUGAAUCGUUUGUGGAACGAAUUGAUUAAAGGACUUGAGACACGUCGCGAUUCGUUACAGAGUAUUGCCGAACGUUGGGACGAUUUUGAAAAUCGCUUGCAUAGCUGGGAGAAGGCAAUUAGCCGUUUGGAAGAUAAAUUCCGCAAUGUCGACCCAGUAGUUAGGUCGCGCCGUCAUUUGGAAGAUACGAAGAAUGUCAUCCAGGAAAUACUCGCCGAAUCUGAAGAACUUAAAUCAUCACAUAAAGAGAUUGAGACGCUCUCAAAAUCAAUCGUCACAUUCCUUGGGGAAGUUCACCAACCCACAUCACAGGCCCUACAGGCCAAAGUGGAUAACUUAGUACAGCAGCAGACAAAAUUAAACGACACCUUACGCGAGAAGGAUCGCCAGGUUGGCAAGGAUCUGGAAGAGAUCGAAAAAGUCUUCCAUCGCAUUUCAGAGCUGCAAGAUAAAUUUAACGCGCUAUUUGAGCAGAUACAAGAAGUACACGCUUUUGACGAGAAUAUCGCCGCUAUUGAAAAGUCCCUAAACGAUUUGCAGCAACAAGUUGACAAAGCGGUUGAGGAGAGCCAACAAUUGAUCGCCAACACCAAGGAGAGCUACUUGAAGAAACAGAAUCUGGUACCCAGUGAUAUACAACAGGAGUUUACCGCGUUAGAAUUGCUCUCAGAGCGAGUACAAGGCGCCAUGGAAACGAAACAAAAGGACUUCAAACGUGCCAAGACUGUACGCACCGAAUACCUGAGCGGCGUGGAUGAGAUCCAAAGAUGGCUGCGACAGGCGGAAGUGCAAGUGCAAGAUCGUACACUCGCACCCACACAGAUGAAAGAACUACUGCAUCGCAUCAAUCAAGAAAUUGCCGGCAUUUAUGAGCGCUUCACAAUGGUUAAAACAAAUGGACAACUGAUUAUCGAUAAUUGUCGCAAUAGUAAUGAGAAACUACUCGUACAAUCGACGAUCGAUCAGUUGGCACAAGAAUUGGGACAAGUACGCUCGUGGUUGGAUGAGAAGAAACAACAAGUCGGUGAUAGUUUGGAUGCAUGGACAAGAUUUAUGAAUUUAUACCAAAUUGUGAUGGCGUGGGUCGCCGAGAAACGCAUCUUCCUCGAUCAGACAAUCGAACUGCGCACACUACCCGAGGCACGAAACAAACUCAAUGACUAUGCGGCGGCUGUGAAGAGUAUCAAACCAAUCGUGAAGCAUUUGAGCGAAAUGGAUAAGGAACUGGAACACAUUGGACAAGUGACGACUGUGGGCGAUCUCAAGGACAAAUUGCAAGAGGCUGAGGAUGCGAAGGUUUCCGUGGAAGCGGUACUACUGGAAAGGAAUUCCCUAUUACAAGAAGCCUGUGAAGAAUGGGAUCAAUGCGAACGCAAAAUCAAGGACAUACGCAACUGGAUAGACAAAACGAAGCAAUCAUUGGACUCGCCGCAACAUAAGAAGAAACCGCUGCGUGAUCAAUUGGGCUAUUGCGAGAAAACACUAGCAGACAUUAAUGUACAGAAAACCAAACUGCGCCUAUCCAUCGAGAAAUUGGAGGUGCACUUCCGCAAUGGUAUGGGUGGCGAUCCGCGCCUAAGCGAAAAUGUCGAUGAGCUGUUGAAGGUCUUGGACGGACUGGCGGAAUUGGUACGCACCAAAACCACUAGUCUGGAAGAGACUCUGAGCCAGAUCGACAUCUAUCAGCAACAGAUGCAAACGUUGCGUCAGAAGAUCAUACAAGAGGAGCAACAAUUGCGGCUCGUGAUGGCGCCCACGUAUCUGCCACACGAUCGUGAGCGUGCAUUAGCAGAGCAACAGACUCUGCGUACGUCUAUCGAUGACAUGCAACAGAAAUACGAUGUGAUCGCAGCCUUAUCAUACACGCUGGAUCCGCAUUCCGUUGUUACCACAUCAUCGGCUGUGUCCAUGCUAUUGAAGCCAUCCAAAUUAGGCCUAUCUUAUGCGGAGGUGCUCUCGGGACAUUCCAGUCCCGUGAGUUUUGCACAAACGGAAAGUGUUUUGAAUAAGAGUAAGGUACAAAAUGCCAAACUAGAGACCACUACCAUAACCACAACAACCAACAACGAAAACACCACUACCACAUCGACAAUUCAUAAUGUAGUAGCCAGGCCAGAGGCUGUAAGCCGCGAGCCGCAAAUAGUACAAGAAUUUGAACCUCAACAAUAUGAAACCAUGAAUAUCAUUACCACCAUGCAAGAAUUGCAACCGGAACAACCGCAAAAUGAUGCAAUCGACUUGGAAGUGCACUCGACAUCAGUGCCACAAGUGCAGAGUUCGCAAAUCGAAUAUAUGAAUGAGAGUGGUGAACACGUCACGGAGACGCGCACAACGACUACACGUACCACGACGCACCAUGCGAUGAGGAAAGCACAACAAUCACAGCCUGAACGUGAACAUGAAUUAACGAUAAGGGCUUGGCAAGAGACGCCCGCAGUGGCUAGCGUGCCGCUUCGGCAAGAAGAAGUCGCUUAUCAAACGGCACUCAUGCUGGAUGCGCCACAACCCGCAGCCCGCCAACAGCAACUACAAGCGCCGCGCGAACAGCGUCGUGGUCGUUCGCCGCGCCGUCGUGCGCAGCAUGACGACAACUCGCAAUAUCAUUUAACAACCUCGUCGCAACAUGCGCAAUCGACGCAACACACGACGCGCGAAUUCCGUGAGUCUCAAUCACAUGUGUCUAACACUGCGGCUACAACCGCACCUCGCAAUCAGUUGCAUCCAAGACCACAGCAACACCAAUUGGAGCAACAACAGCAACAAGCACAUCUGCUCACGCCCGCACAAGAUCGCAUGCGUUCACGUAGUCCCAUCUGGGCGCCCGGCUCUACUUCUUAUGCGGAAGUAUUGCGCGGCAUAGAGAUGGAACGCCAGCGUGCAAAUGCUGAACAAAAUAAAUCGCUAAGCGAUAAAAGAACAGUAAUUACUACUACGACCACGACUACAAGUGAGUACGUUACGCCGGUGCAGGCGCCUGCGUCAACGCAACCACAAUAUGAACCACAAAUUCAGCAACAUGUUGAAGAAAAAGAAGCAUACGUGAUAGAAACAAAUGUCGUGGAAUUUCAGCAACCAAUGCACGAUUUGCCGGCAGAUACGGGUGGCUCCAGUACAGAUUAUGUAAAUGCUGCCGCAACCUCAAAGCAAAACGACUCCGCACCGUUUGCAAGCGUGUUAAUGGAGUCAACAACGACUCCAAUUACACCCGUCGACAAUACCACUAUCGCAAGCACUUUAGUGGACCCAACCACAUUACCAAACUCUUAUGUCGAUGUACCAAUGACCGCCGCAGAAAUACAGGCUACUUACCUGCAGCCCGAUCCGCAACUCUAUCAGAGUAUGUAUGAGAACAUGGCUGAUGCCGGUCAGUGGGGUUAUGCAGCAAUGCCUGAGGCGCAACAAGUGGCUCAAGCCGAGCCGUCGACGGCCUCUCAAAAUUACUACGAACAAAUUAUACAAAUGCAAUAUCCACAAGGUACAACCGCACAAACGACAUACACUCAGUAUCAGUACCAACCAACUGCUACGCAAUACCAACUCAUGACCGGUUAUUAUCCCACAGCGCAACAACAGCCCGAAUCGUACCAAACAACAGUUUAUGCAACACCCAAUGAUCAACAAACCCAGUUAUACUAUCAGCAACAAACACAGCCCUAUCAAGAGCUGCAAAAUGUUGGUUAUGACACGCAGCCCCAAGAAUAUUUAACUGAUUAUCAACAAACGCCAGCGGGACAGAACGUGAUUGAUCAAGUGGUCACUACACUUGCGUCCAUUGUACAAAAUGUGACAACCACGCACACACUCGUUAAUGCCCAGCAACAAUUUGUACAAGAUACAACAGAGCAAUUCGAGCAAUCAACGCAUUCACCGUUCGAAGAAUCUGUUCAAACUUAUGAACAAUCUUCAUCCCCACAGCAAUUUGAGCAACCCGCGCAUUUACAACCCUACGAACAGUCGCAACCCGCGCAACAUUAUGAAGAAAAACCGCAUACGCAAUUGUAUGAGCCGCAAUCGAUUGAAGUCGAUGAGCCGCGCCCCGACAUAACCUUCGGACAAUUUGAGGUUAAUGAAAUAGAGUCUAUCCCUGCCGAAAUCGUGGAGACUCCACAAGCACACCAUCUGUCCGUAGAAUGCACGCAAGUAUCCGUGCCGGAAGCGGUACAGCCAGCUCCUUACUCUGCUCCCUUGCAACCCAUGGAACCUGUGAUAGCGCAAGAAGCACUAGGAUCUCCUCAAGUGCCCGAAAAUCCCACAUAUUUUAUAAGACAAGAUAUGGUACCAACAACAGAGCCCACACAAGGCACGACUUAUGCUGAAGUACUAUUUGGUAUACAUCAAGGUAGAAGUAAUGUUUUCCAGCCAUCCAGUCAACAGCCACAGCAACAGCAAACGCAAAUCCGCAUUACAACAACCAAAUAUGAUACAAAUACAAAUAGAGCACAGCAACAAAGAUUGACAACCAAAACUGCAACGACAACUACAACGACAUAUGCGACUACGACAUCGAACAAUAAUAAUCGUCGACCACUGAAGUCUCCUUCUCGGGAUGCGUCAGCAGUUCAGAAAAGAGAAGACAUAGCUUCCGUCGCUGCGGCAACAUUGCCGCAUCCACGUAAAGAACAACGACCUCCAAGAGGUCAACGGACUGAUUCGAAACAGAGACAUCACAACGGAUCUCCACCAACAACGCACGAGGUGGAUGUGCGACAGAAGAACGAUAAACAUGAAAAGCACGAGAAACAUGAUAAAAAUAUUAAAACUGUGGAUGAGUCCACAAUAUCUGUAACAAGCAAGUCUAACAAGGACUCAAAGCAUGUACGCGAAAGCAAAAAAGUGAAAUCAGCUGAGGUUGUGCCUGAAAUUCAUGGAGAGACCACAUUGGCUGCCGCAGCUCCUGUGGGAAGGUCAGGCACAACUAAGCAGCAGGUUAAAACUGUAGCUAAUGUCGUGCAUGAGAAAGAACCAGAGAAGAAACCAUCAAAACCUAAAAGGCAAAAGAAACAUAAGCAUUCAGGUGAGAUUGAAGAGCCUGUGGAGAAGAAAGAAAAGUCAGAAAUGGUUAUAAUACAUGAAGCCGCAAAAGUUAGCCCUGUCGCUGAAAAAGUUCCUGUUUCUGCUGAGAAGUCUAUCGCUCCAGCAGAUAAAGUAGUUCCUAUUGAAAAUAUCGUUCCUCCUAGUGAAAAUUUCGAUGAUAUAAAGUCGAACACAAUUGAUUUCAUUGCAUCUGAAAGUGUAAAAGACAUACCGGCCAAACCUGCGAGGAAAGAUAGAUCAAAAACGCAACGUAAACACUCACCAAUUGAACCGACAGCGGAAGUAAUACCCUGCAGUCAAAUUGAGAAGGCGCCAGUAAUUUCCGAGUCUACUAAACUCAUAACGUCAAAUAGUGGCUCCACUACUACGACUAUCACAACGACAACAAUAACCAAACGCACGACAAAGCGUAUUAUUACUAAAAUCAUUGAUGGAAGAGAAGUUGUGAUUGAGGAGGAUGUAGUUGAUGAUGAUGAGCCUUCCGGCGAAACUGAAGUUUUGCACAAGGAGGUUGUUGAACAACCUGAAAUCGUUUCAUCUACUAUCACUACAGAAAAAAUUCAGAGCAAAGAUAAACCACAGAAGUCAUCAAAGAAGGACAAAAUAAAAGCGAAGAGUCAAGAAGUGACUGUAGAACCAUUUGUAGUACAAACAUUGACUACAGCGGAAACUAUCGCCGAGCCUUUUAUUGAGGACGAACCAAAACAAAAACAAGAGGUGGCAAAUGUGCAAGUCGUAGAAGCGAUUGUUGCAGAUAAACCCAAAUUAGUCACCAAGAAAGAUAAGAAAAAGUCCCAAACUGCUAAAGAAACUUCUCCCAUCACUGUGAUUGAGAAACACUCUGUAGCUGAAUAUAUUGAACCUAAACACAAGCCAGCCCAAAACGAACAACACUCAAUCACAAAAGUUGUAGAGCCAACACCAAUUGUUGUGGAAGAAAAAGUAAUCGAAGGACCUUGGACACAAAUGUCAACAGAACCCGACAACAGUUUAAAAUCAAGCAUUUCUCAAUUCAUAAAUGCUGAAAAGGAUAAAUCAGAAAAGCCAACGAAAAAAGACACGAAAAAGACAAAAAGUCCAAAGAAACAAAAGGAUACACCAACUGAGCCAAUUGUAGAAACUGCUAGACCGAUGACUGCACCGGUAGAAGCUGUUGUUGAAGAACUGACAAUAAUAGCGAAGCCCAUCACGGAGAAAUUUGUAGAAACCUCAACGUUGGUUGAGGAAAAAUCCGCACUUGAAGAGGUUCCAGUCAACGCCAUAGGGGAGAGCACGUUAGUUGUGGAAGAGAAACCAGCAGUUGAAGAGACUCGAGCUGAACAUGCUGUUGAGGUCACAACAUUUGCUGAAGAGAAACCCGUGCCUCAAGAGCCUCUAACCAAUCCUGUGGUGGAGAGAACCAAUGAGGAAGAACUUCUAACUACUGAGCCUAUCGUAGAAGAAAAACCAGUAGUUGAAGAGACUCGAUCUGAAUCUCUUAUUGAGAUCACAAUACCUGUUGGAGCCAAACCUGUAUUUGAAGAAAUUCAAACUAAACCUAUUGUAGAGGAAACUAAACAGGAAGAGCCUCUAGCUGCUGAGCCUAUUGCAGAUGAUAAACCAAUAGGUGAUGAGACUCGAGCUGAGCCUUUCGUUGAGAUCACAACACUUGUUGGAGAGAAACCAGUGGUGGAGGAAAUCAAACAAGAAGAGCCACUAACUGCUUGGCCUAUUGCAGAGGCCAACGCAAUUGUCAGCGAGAAAGAAGUGUUGCCAGAAAAUACACUCAAAUCAAGUAUACAUGAUUUCAUUGCUGCUGAAAAGCAAGCAGUUGAGAAACCGCAGAAACCUGCAAAGAAAGACAAGAAAAAGGCAAAGAGUCAAAAAGAGAAAAAAGAAAUACCAGUGCUCCCAGCAGAACAACGCACUGUCGUCACUGAAGAAGUACCUAUGGAUACAAAUGAGACUCCUACUGAUGAAACCAUAAUAUUUGGCGAAGAAAUUUCUUCAACAGAUGGAUUCGCCACAUCGAUCAUCAAAACUACUACAAGAAAAACAUCAACUUUAACUACGCGUACAAAAAUUAUUAGAAUUAUUGACGGAAAGGAGGAAAUUGUUGAAGAAGAAGAAACCACACAGAAAACUCCAAAGGAAUCUGUUGAGCAACUUGUCAGCAUUAUUGAAGCGAAACCGGUUGUACAAGACAUAAAUACAGAACAAAUCAUUCAAGAUGUUAAUGUUUAUCAGCCAGACUCUGAAAUUGUAAGCAUAUCUACAGAGCAACCAAGAAUCGAAACUUAUUCCAGAACUACAACUGACGGUAAUAUAUCUAAGACAACGACAGUGAUUACGCGAAGAAUUAUUACAAAAAUGAUUGAUGGAAAGGAAGUGCUAAUUGAAGAAGGUGAAGAUAUAAAUCCGGUUGAAAACAAACCAGCUUUCACAAAGGAUACCAUGAUCACCACUAGCACCGAAACUGCUUUUGAGGAACCCAUUGUUACCAGUGAGCCUGUUCCAGAGCCAGUUGUCGAAUCUGCCGAUGUGUUUGUAGGGGAGACUCUUUCGACUCAGGUCGCCGACUUCAUUACCGCUGAAGGACAAACAUCUGAAGUAUCUCAGAAACCCUCAAAGAAAGUUAAGAAAGAUAAAAAGCCAGGUAAACCGGAAAAAGAGUCCAAAACAGCAAACGUCGAGACAGUUGAAAAUAUUGUUAAGGUGGCAAAGAAAGAGAAUGUCAUGGAAAAAAAUCUACCAAUAGCAACAGUUGCUAUUACUGAGGAAGAAAAAUCUCCUGUUGAUAAACCUCUUCUAGUCGCCAAUGAGAACUUUUCACCGGAUGCAAUGUCGUCGCAUAUCACAACUACGACAACUAUGACACAGGCAACACUACCGAAGUCUUCUAUCAGUGUCUCAGUUCCCUUAAGGAAGUCAACGAAACAAGUUGCUUUCGCAAUUGACGUUACAGAUAAUGAGCCUUUUGUUGCGGAGUUCAGUGAAUCCGUUACAAAAGAGCGCGCAGACAUUAAAACUUUGACAAACGACUUCUUAAGUGGUGAGAAGCAAAUGCAACCACCACUCCAUAUACCACAAGCAACGGACGCUGAGACAGAUGUAAAAUCGGCUAAACCGAUUGUACAGAAAGUCGCCGAAAUAACAAUUACAGAGCCACAGCCUGUAUUAGAAACCACAGAGCCCCUGAAUGAAAUAAGUGCAAUACCAAAUAUACCAGAAAAAGAACCACCGGCCGAAGACGAGAGUGGCGUAGUGAAGACCACGACCGUACGCAAGACGAAAUUCGUCAAGAAAAUAACACAAAAGAAACAAGAGUCACCUGAGCCGCAGGUUGUGCCACCAAUAAUAGAAGAUAUUGAUGUGGCAGAGGAAGCGAAGGAAGAACCAAAAAUUGAGAAAUCGGAAUCAGUUGUGAGAGAAGUAGCUGAUAGUGGUGUUGUUAAAACCACAACAGUUCGCACAAUGAGCAUUAAGUCACAGAAUGUCUCAGAAGGUGAAAUUGCCGUUGCUACGGAAGUAACGGCAGAAAAAGAGUCUACACCAACACCUUCAGAAGAGGAAAAGUGCACUAAUGCCGAUGCAUCAGUAACAUUGGAAAUUAAAAAUGUCACGCCCUCAGAAGAACAAAAUAUCGCAUCGAUACAAGCAGACCAAGCAAUUAGCGGAGAAGUGAUUAAAACGAUUCGUGUACGUAAAACGAAAACUGUUAAAAAGAUUACGCAAAACAUUGAAGAAGAUACUGCCGAAAAUACCACUACAUCAACAAAUGUGGCUGAAAACAAGGUGCUGGCCAAAGAACCUGCCGACGAGGGCACAACCCUUGAACCAAAUGGCGGUGUAGUAAAAACUGUGACUGUGCGAACGACAAGCUUUGUCAGACGCAUACCGCACGAUUCCUGUGUCAAUGCAAGUGACGAAACCGCUCAAUCAGAAACGAGCGAAUCGACAAGCGAAGAUCAAUUAAGAAAGUCACCAAUGAUUAUUGAAGAGCCCAGUGAGAGCUCAACCACCACAACACAUACAGAUGGCGCUAUCAUAAAAACCACAACUAUACGUACAAUGCGAUUGAAUAAGACUAUUGCAUCGGAUGGACGUAUACUAUUGAGAGAAGUGGAUAAUCCAGAUGAUAUCUUAGUAACCUCCUCAAUUGAAAUGCCCGAUCAUGCGACAUUGCCGGGAGGAAAACUCACUGAUGUCAUUGGAUCAUCUGAAACUUUGUCAAAAGCAUAUGUACCAACUGAAAGCACUAACAAACUCGAAUUCGGUGGUAUUGAUGGGGUUCAAAUUAUUGAUUCGUCAAAUACUGUUGAAGUGGAAUCACAUAGUCCUGGCACUAAGGUUAUUGAUAUUGAAACGAAAGAAGUACCAAAUGUUGAGGAACAGCAAUCACAGCAGACGACGAGUACAAUUGACAGUACGCAAUCCUCAGAAACAACCACUGACAUUACAGUUACCAAUAAGACCUUAAUCACUCAAUCUGACGAACAGUCAACAAAGUCUACCACUACCGUUACCAAACGUACUAGACUUAUGACUUUACAGGGAACUAGUUUUGAAACUGUAGAUGGUGAACCGCUACAACUAGUUAGUGAAAGUUACGAGAGCCCACCAAAAUCGGGUGAGGUUAGAAAGAUUGCGCUCAUUACGCAUGAGGAGAAAUAUAAAACACCAAAAAUGAAAAUGCAUUUCGAUUUCCCAUCCGUUAGUCUUGAAGUUACAGAAACAUUAACAGAACAUUUAGAGAACACAGAAAACGAAUCUGACAAAAGGAAGGUUGUAGAAGAAGUAAAGCAAGAAACUCAAACCGAAAAGACUCAGUCAGUCAUUCGGACGGUAACGGAAGAGCAGAUAAGGGAUGAUAUUGUAGAUGAGUCUGUAACUGUGAGUGAUGUGAAUAGUGAAGAGGUUUAUAACUUAGCAGUUAACCCUGAUGCCCCCACAAAGGUAGAGCCCUUAACACAAGAGGAGCAAAAGUUAGAAGAGUCAAUAUACGAGCAGCAAAUUCAAAUAGAAAAUACAGAUUCAUUUAUUGAGAAAGUAACAGAGGAGAGGAUAGUAGAUGAACUAAUUACAAAAACCAACGAGGUUGUUGAAAACACUUUCCUGUCAACUGAAAAAACCAAAGUUGAUAUUGUAUAUCCGGAUUCAACUCCUAAAGAAAUUGAAACCCAAAACAUCGAAAGGUUAGAAGAGCCCAGUGUAAUGCCGACGAAACCAGUAGACACGCAAGAAUUCAUAACAGAUAUGACUGCUGAAGAGCAAGUAUUAUUUGAGGACAUUAAGAAGAAGCUUUCUAAGAAAGAUAAGAAGAAGCGCCCAGCGCUUCCUGAAGACUUUUUCAAACAGCAAGAUGUAGAUAGCACCGUAGAGUUGAUUACAGAAGAGCGUUUAGCUAGCGAAACUAGAAAUAUUCCAAAACAAGAGGCACAAACCGAAAAUGUUAAGCCAGUUGAUAAAGAUUUAACAAAAGAAAUGACCAAAACUGUUUUAGAACAAAAUAUAUUCCAUGAAUUGGUUGGAGGUAAUUCACUUAAACUUAGGGAAAUAAAUAGGGUCGACGAACUGUAUCAUGAAUUAGUUGAGCGGGAUGUUCUUACUCUUGAGAAACAUGUUGAGACCAUUAAAGAACCUAAGGUUGAAGAAGAGGUGCAAGAAAUAACAAAAUUGCCUGAAUUUACAGAAACCACUAAUAUUGCUAAUGCUAAUGAAAUACCUACCGCUAAACCCUGCACAAGCGAUCUAAUCGAAGAAUGUAGCCCCAAUACUUCUUCACUCAUUUGCUUUGAGAUACCUAAGUAUAAAACAGGUGAACUUCAAUUAGCCGAAAAGACCUAUAUUGAAGUGAGUAACAAACACCCAGAACCCAAAAUAGAAGACUUGCUCCAGAAAGAAGAAAAUACUCUUAUUAGCGAAGCUCUUAAUAAAGACACAAGUGGAAUUAUAAGUGAUAUAAAUAUUUAUUACGAUGUUCCAAAAUACGAUGUGUCCCUUCUGGCACAAGCUGAAGUUAGAUACCAUGCCCUGCACGAAGAUGUCAAACCACGAUUACAGGAGACCGCAGUAAGUGAGGUAAGUGAUAAAGAAGAAGAAAACUUAGUCGAAAAGGUUGCAAAGAUUGAACUAGUAGACAAAGAAGAUCAGUUAGUUUCAAAAACCACCUCCACUACAUUUACCACGGGUACCAUUGUAUCUGAAACCACAGUGGAAGAUAUUUCUAAGCCCACUACUGAGACUGCAGCAGUAGUUAAGAAAGAGCCAAUCGACAAGGACACCAUAGUUAUUCCAUCAACUUUUCCCACCUCAAAUGCCACGACCAACGUUGCUACUGUUACAAAAGCUCUAGCUUCGACGAGCAAUACUGUUUGUGGGUUCAUAAACUUCGAAAUACCAAAGUACAAUAUUGAAGCUAUUCAAACAGCUGAAAAACUUUUUGUUGAAAAAGUUGCAAAACAGCAAAAUAAUGCCUCGGAGGAAGUGAAGACUCUAGUUUUAAUGCCUGCAGAAACCAUUGAAAAGAAACCCAUCGAAAAUGUUGAUGAAGUGGAAACAGUUGAAACUCCAAUACAAGAAGUUGUUGAUGUCGAAUCUGUGGAAGCAGUUGAAACUCCAGUUCAGGGAGAGAAGGUUGUUGAGGAGAAACCAACCGAACCAAUAAAAGAAGAACCAAAGAAACCUGCAUAUGCCGGUCUUCCAAUUGACGAAUCUUCUAGCACGUGGAUAGAUGUACUGGAUGAACCUAUGGUGUUCUCAGACGAAGAACAAACAUCUGCUGAAACUGUGUCCCGCACCACUGCAACAACUACCACCAUCACCACUGUUAUUACUGAAGCUGUAGAAAUGAAGACUCCAGAAAUAAAGCCUGCAGAAGUGAUUCGAGAAAAACUCAUCGAAAAGAUUGAAGAAAUAAAACCAGAUGAAACCACAGUGAAAGAAGUUUUGGAAGUCAAGACAGUUGAAGAGAAACCCAUCGAAAAGAUUGAUGAAGUGAAACCAGAUGAGACCACAGUGGAGGAAGUUUUGGAAGCCAAGACAGUUGAAGGAAAGCCCAUCGAAAAGGUUGAAGAAGUGGAACCAGUUGAAACUCCAGAAGAGAAAGUUGUGGGAGUGAAAAGCGUUGAGGAGAAACCGGUUGAACCAAUAAAGGAUGCACCAAAGAAACCUGCAUAUGCCGGUCUUCCAAUUGACGAAUCUUCCAGCACGUGGAUGGAUGUACUGGACGAACCUAUGGUGUUCACAGACGAAGAAGAAACAUCUGAUGAAACCGUGUCCCACACCAGCACGACAACUACCACCAUCACCACUGUUGUUACUGAAGCUGUGGACAUAAAAGCUCCAGAAAUAAAACCUGCAAAAGUGAUUGAAGAAAAACUCAUCGAAACAAUUGAAGAGAAACCAACCGAAAAGGCUGAAGAAGUGAAACCAUAUGAAACCACAAUGGAGGAAGUUGUGGAUGUCAAGACAGUUGAAGAAAAACCCAUCGAAAAGGUUGAAGAAGUGGAACCAGUUGAAACUCCAGAAGAGAAAGUUGUGGGAGUGAAAAGCGUUGAGGAGAAACCGGUUGAACCAAUAAAGGAUGCACCAAAGAAACCUGCAUAUGCCAGUCUUCCAAUUGACGAAUCUUCCAGCACGUGGGUGGAUGUACUGGACGAACCUAUGGUGUUCACAGAUGAUGAACAAACAUCUACUGAAAGUGUGUCCCACACCACUACAACAACUACCACCAUCACCACUGUUGUUACUGAAGCUCUAGAAGUGAAAGCUCCAGAAAUAAAACCUGCAGAAGUGAUUGAAGAAAAACUCAUCGAAACAGUUGAAGAGAAACCAACCGAAAAGGCUGAAGAAAUGAAACCAGAUGAGACCACAGUAGAGGAAGUUUUGGAAGUCAAGACAGUUGAAGAAAAACCCAUCGAAAAGGUUGAAGAAGUGGAACCAGUUGAAACUCCAUACCAGAAAGUUGUGGGAGCGAAAAGUGUUGAGGAGAAACCAGUUGAACCAAUAAAGGAUGCACCAAAGAAACCUGCAUAUGCCGGUCUUCCAAUUGACGAAUCUUCCAGCACGUGGAUGGAUGUACUGGACGAACCUAUGGUGUUCACAGAUGAUGAACAAACAUCUACUGAAAGUGUGUCCCACACCACUACAACAACUACCACCGUCACCACUGUUGUUACUGAAGCUCUAGAAGUGAAAGCUCCAGAAAUUAAUCCUGCAGAAAUGGUUGAAGAAAAACUCUUCGAAAAGGUUGAAGAAGUGAAACCAAAUGAAACUACAGUGGAGGGAGUUUUGGAUGUCAAGACAGUUGAAGAGAAACCCAUCGAAAAGGUUGAAGAAGUGGAACCAGUUGAAACUCCAGUAGGGGAGGUUGUGGAAAUGAAGACUGUUGAGGAGAAACCGGUAGAACCAAUAAAGGAUGCACCAAAGAAACCUGCGUAUGCUGGUCUUCCUAUUGACGAAUCUUCCAGCACGUGGAUGGAUGUACUGGACGAACCUAUGGUGUUCUCAGACGAAGAACAAACAUCUGAUGAAACUGUGCCCCACACCACUACAACAACUACCACCAUCACCACUGUUGUUACUAAAGCUGUAGAAGUGAAAGCUCCAGAAAUUAAUCCUGCAGAAAUGGUUGAAGAAAAACUCAUCGAAAGGGUUGAAGAAGUGAAACCAAAUGAAACUACAGUGGAGGGAGUUUUGGAUGUCAAGACAGUUGAAGAGAAACCCAUCGAAAAGGUUGAAGAAGUGGAACCAGUUGAAACUCCAGUAGAGGAGGUUGUGGAAAUGAAGACUGUUGAGGAGAAACCGGUAGAACCAAUAAAGGAUGCACCAAAGAAACCUGCGUAUGCUGGUCUUCCUAUUGACGAAUCUUCCAGCACGUGGAUGGAUGUACUGGACGAACCUAUGGUGUUCUCAGAUGAUGAACCAACAUCUACUCCUGCUGAAACUGUGUCCCAUACCACUAAAUCAACCACCACCGUCACCACUGUUGUUACUGAAGCUGUGGAAAUGAAGACUCCAGAAAUAAAGCCUGCAGGAGUGAUUGAAGAAAAACUCAUCGAAAAGGUUGAAGAAUUGAAACCAGUUGAAACCACAGUGGAAGAAAUUGUGGAAGUGAAGACUGGUGCACAGAAGUCCAUCGAAAUAGUUGAAGAAGUGGAACCAGUUGAAAGCCAAGUAGAAGAAGUCACGAAAUUGAAGGUUGUUGAGGAGAAACCAAUCGAACCAAUAAAGGAUGCACCAAAGAAACCUGCAUAUGCCGGUCUUCCAAUUGACGAAUCUUCCAACACGUGGAUGGAUGUACUGGAUGAACCUAUGGUGUUCUCAGACGAAGAACAAACAUCUGAUGAAACUAUGUCCCACACCACAGCGUCAACUACUACCACUGUUGUUACUGAAACUGUUGAAAUAAAGCCUGCUGAAGAGAGUGUAGAGACACUCGAAAACGUUGACGAAGUUAAACUGGAUAAGGUCACUGUGGAAAAGACUUCAGUAGAUGUUGAAAAGACAUCCGUCGAACCGAUUGCUGAAGAUAUCGAGAGUGUAGGUGAUAAAGCACAUAAGGCCAUAUCGCAACAUGUUACUCCAGUCACAGAAAAAAUCCAUGAAAUUGCACAAUUGACUUCUGUGGUGAAUGAAGGCUUACUUGUUCAACCUGUUAUGGAGAGAGCAAAAGAAGAAAAGAUUGUCUCAUGCGUUGAUGACAAAAUUUCCGGCAUAUCUAUGAAAACGGAGGGAGAACAAAUUCUACAUAAUUUAGAAAUCAAUUCAACAAAUUCAUUUGUUCCUUAUGAAAACGUACCUCUAGCGCCUGAAGUAGCAAGUUAUCCAAUUACUCACUACUCGGAAGACACAGGUAUUAAUGAACCCGAUUUACUUAUUAUGCCAAAAUGGUCCGACGGGAAGCCCCUUCAAGAAGAAAAAACUGUAAUUGAUACUUGGUCAAGUGUAUUAGAAGAUACAGCACCUAUUUCAUCGAAUAUCGCCUUUACCUCAAAAUUAUCACCUAAUGCUCCUGAAUUUACACCAUCCUACCUACGUCAGACAGACUCUGAUCAAAACUUACUUUUCUUGGAAAGUGAAAGACAUCUUAGUACCUUAAUAUCAGAUCACGCUGAUAUAGAUAAUAUGCAGAAAAAAGUCAAACAACAAAGAAAAGAGAGUAUGCAUAGAGAUCAUACACAACUCAAUGUCGAUGCUCCAGUAUUCAAAGUUUCUGAAGAGUCGAGGGACUCAAAUCCAGCGAAAGGAAAAUCAUAUGCGGACGUUGUGUUUGGGGAGCUUCCUCAUGUGGAAGAACCGAAAACGGUGCAUCCAGUGAGCGAAAAUAAAAAUAUCCCUGUCGAAAAAACAAUAGAACAAAAAAUAACCGUGGCCGAGCAGAUCAAACGGAAAGAUGAUACGCAUAAGAAAACAAAGAAAGAAAAACGUAAGACCGACAAAGUUGUAAAGAUUGCUGAACCAGCAGCUAAAGAUGUAACAGAAAAGGAAACUGAUAAAUUUGAAGAAAAAAUUCAGCCAAUAGUUUUGGAACUUCCCCAAAGUGAACCGGAAAUUGCUCAAGCACCAUUAAUGUCGUGGUCAUCUAUAGUAAAGAAACCUGGUGAAUGGGUUGACGACAUCGUUAGUAAGACAAAGAAAAUAUUUAUCGAGGACGAGAAAAAAGUGGCUUCUACUGAAAGAAAACAUGAUAAAGAAAGUUUGAGGGAGAAACCAGCAGCGCUUGAAAAGGACCGUAAAUCUAAAAAGUCCCAGAAACAUAAAAAUAUUGAUGCUUCCUUAAAACCUAUACUGUUAGAAGAAACUGUUCGGAAGCCAACAAAAGCGGAAGAAAUUAGAUCAAUAGAAACUGACGAAUCUGACGAAUAUAAGGAGAAUGGCCAGAGCCCAGUUACAUCUGAGGAUGAGCCCCAAGUCGUAGCAGAAACACCUGCUGUUUCUGAUAGUAACGUUCCAACAAAAUCUGAAGGAACCUUCGUUUCUUGGGCUUCACUAGUAAGUAGACCAGGAGAAUGGAUUGAUGAAACUGUUUCAAAACAAAAAUCUACUGUGGAACCUUUACCUAAAAACGAAAAAGCAAAAACAUUAAAAAUAAAGGAAAAGAAGAUUAAACCAAAACAAAAACCCGAGCGCAUCUCAAAGCGGAUGGAAGCACACAUUGAAAAAGUUAUUGAGCCGUGUGAGGUAGUUGAAUCAGCAGAGCCGAAGCUUGUGGAAAAGGAACAGCCACAAACCGAAAUAAAGGAACAUGAAGCUCCUUCAAACACACAGGGAUUCUCUUGGGCUGCUUUAGUUAAACGUCCUGGGGAAUGGGUUGAUGAUAUAAAAGAACGUAAAAAGGUAGAGAAAUUACCUGACCAUGGAUAUACCGAAACAACCGCAACAACCACAACAUCGAAAAAAGCAAAGAAACCCAAAGCUAUCCCCAAAAAACUUCAAGAAAGUGUCCCAAUUUCCAACGAAAACAUACAAAAAGAAGUAUCACUGCCGACAACUUCUGACAGUGACUCCGAAAAGUAUGAGAAAAUGCCUACUGUUGAGUCGAAUAACUUAACUUGGGCUAAAAUUGCAAGUCAAAAAGAAGUUAGUUCUACACCAAAAGAUAUUCCAAAGCCCAAAGAAAGAGAAGCAAAACAUCAAAAAGAUAUACCACAGCCGAAGCAAAAAUCAGUUUCAACUGUUAAGAAGGAACAGAGAGAGCAAGUACUAUCUGAUGUAUCCACUGUUUCUUCUAUGAAGUCUUGGGCUUCUAUAGUUAGCCAAUCCACAACUGAUUUCAUAAGCAACGAACGUAAUCGACCAACGCCCAAAGCAGAUAAGGUCAAAGCUACUCCGCAGAAGACACAACCGAUUGAGAAAAUCGAAGAGAAACCUAGAGUGGAGAUUUCGCAGCAAAAGGAAUCCUUAGACGAUUUCGAAUGGAACAAUCUCUCUGAGAACGCACCUUCAACUUAUGCCAAAUUGAGUGACUAUGAUGCUGUCCAAAAUGAACCGAAAUCUUGGAGGGACAUGAUAGACGAAGAAACGGAUGACGACAUAUUUAGUUAUGAUAAACCACCAAAAAUAACAAACUCUAUGAAAGAACACUCUGUAACGGUGGAACAGGAAAACAACAAAAAAGUUGAAGAAGUGAAACCAGUUGAGACUCCACUAUCCCAGGCCGGCUCAACAACUACUAUCAUGACCACAGUUGUUACCGAAGUAAUAGAAGAGAAACCAAGCAAAAAGAUAGUGAACGUGAAGCCAGUAGAGGAAGCUCCAGAUAUGUUUGGAGAGAAACCCAUUGAAAAGGUGGAAGAAGUGAAGUCAACAGAAACCCCAAUAGAAGAAGCUGUGGAAGUGCAGAUCAUUCACGAGAAGUCGGUCGAAAAAGCUGAAGAAGUUAAAUCAGUUCCAGCCACUGUAGAAGAAGUUGAAGAGAAACCCAUCGGAAAGGUUGAAGAUGUGGAACCAGUUGAAACUCCCGGAGAAGAAAUUGUGGUAGUGAAGGCUGUUGAGGAGAAACCGGUGGUGCCAAUAAAGGAUGCACCAAAGAAACCUGCGUAUGCUGGUCUUCCAAUUGACGAAUCUUCCAGCACGUGGACGGAUGUACUAGACGAACCUAUGGUGCUCUCAGACGAAGGACCCACAUCUGAUGAAACUGUGUCCCACACCACUACUACAACUACCACCAUCACCACUCUCGUUACUGAAGCUGUGGAAGUGAAGACUCCAGAAAUAAAGCCUGCAGAAGUGAUUGAAGAAAAGCUCAUCGAAAAAGUUGAAGAAGUAGAACAAGAUGAAACCUCAGUAAAGGAAAUUGUCGAAGUGAAGACAGUUGAAAAGAAACCCAUCGAAAAUGUUGAAGAUGUGCAAACAGCUGAAACUUCAGUAAAGGAGGUUGUGGGAGUGAAGAGUGUUGAGGAGAAACCGGUCGAACCAAUAAAGGAAGCACCAAAGAAACCUGCAUAUGCCGGUCUUCCAAUUGACAAAUCUUCCAACACGUGGAUGGAUGUACUGGAUGAACCCAUGGUGUUCUCAGAUGAUGAACAAACAUCUACGGAAAGUGUGUCCCACACCACUACAACAACUACCACCGUCACCACUGUUGUUACUGAAGCUGUAGAAAUGAAGACUCCAGAAAUAAAGCCUGCAGAAGUGAUUGAAGAAAAAGUAAUCGGAAAGGUUGAAGAAGUGAAACCAGAUGAGCCCACAGUGAAGGAAGUUGUGGAAGUGAAGACAAUUGAAGAGAAACCCAUUGAAAAGAUUGGAGAAGUGAGAGCAGUUGAAACCACAGUGGCUGAAGUGAACACAGUUGAAGAGAAACCCAUCGAAAAGGUUGAAGAAGUGAAACCAGAUGAGACCACAGUGGAGGAAGUUGUGGAAGUCAAGACAGUUGAAGAAAAACCCAUCGAAAAGGUUGAAGAUGUGGAACCAGUUGAAACUCCAGUAAAGGAGGUUUUGGGAGUGAAGAGUGUUGAGGAGAAACCGGUAGAACCAAUAAAGGAUGCACAAAAGAAACCUGUGUAUGCCGGUCUUGAAAUUGACGAAUCUUCCAACACGUGGAUGGAUGUACUGGAUGAACCCAUGGUGUUCUCAGAUGAUGAACAAACAUCUACGGAAAGUGUGUCCCACACCACUACAACAACUACCACCGUCACCACUGUUGUUACUGAAGCUGUAGAAAUGAAGACUCCAGAAAUAAAGCCCGCAGAAGUGAUUGAAGAAAAAGUAAUCGGAAAGGUUGAAGAAGUGAAUCCAGAUGAGCCCACAAUGGAGGAAGUUGUAAAUGUCAAGACAGUUGAAGAGAAACCCAUCGAAAAGGUUGAAGAAGUGAAACCAGAGGCAACCACAGUGGAGGAAGUUGUGGAAGAGAAGACAGUUGAAGAGAAACCCCUUGAAAAGGUUGAAGAAGUGCAAGCAGCUGAAACUCCAGUAGAGGAGGUUAUGGAAAUGAAGACGGCUGAGGAGAAACCGGUCGCGCCAAUAAAGGAAGAACCAAAGAAACCUGCAUAUGCCGGUCUUCCAAUCGACGAAUCUUCCAGCACGUGCAUGGAUGUACUGGACGAACCUAUGGUGUUCUCAGACGAAGAAGAAACAUCUAAUGAAACUGAGUCCCACACCACUACAACAACUACCACCGUCACCACUGUUGUUACUGAAGCUGUAGAAAUGAAGACUCCAGAAAUAAAGCCUGCAGAAGUGAUUGAAGAAAAAGUAAUCGGAAAGGUUGAAGAAGUGAAUCCAGAUGAGCCCACAAUGGAGGAAGUUGUAAAUGUCAAGACAGUUGAAGAGAAACCCAUCGAAAAGGUUGAAGAAGUGAAACCAGUUGAAACUCCAGUAGAGGAGGUUGUGGGAGUGAAGAGUGUUGAGGAGAAACCGGUCGAACCAAUAACGGAUGCUCAAAAGAAACCUGUGUAUGCCGGUCUUCCAAUUGACGAAUCUUCCAACACGUGGAUGGAUGUACUGGACGAACCCAUGGUGUUCUCAGAUGAUGAACAAACAUCUACUGAAAGUGUGUCCCACACCACUACAACAACUACCACCGUCACGACUGUUUCUACUGAAGCUGUAGAAUUGAAGGCUCCAGAAAUAAAGCCUGCAGGAUUCAUUGAAGAAAAACUCACCCAAAAGGUUGAAGAAGUGAAACCAGAGGCAACCACAGUGGAGGAAGUUGUGGAAGAGAAGACAGUUGAAGAGAAACCCCUUGAAAAGGUUGAAGAUGUGCAAGCAGCUGAAACUCCAGUAGAGGAGGUUAUGGAAAUGAAGACUGCUGAGGAGAAACCGGUCGCGCCAAUAAAGGAAGAACCAAAGAAACCUGCAUAUGCCGGUCUUCCAAUCGACGAAUCUUCCAGCACGUGGAUGGAUGUACUGGACGAACCUAUGGUGUUCUCAGACGAAGAACAAACAUCUGAUGAAACUGUGCCCCACACCACUACAACAACUACCACCAUCACCACUGUUGUUACUGAAGCUGUAGAAGUGAAAGCUCCAGAAAUUAAUCCUGCAGAAAUGAUUGAAGAAAAACUCAUCGAAAAGGUUGAAGAAGUGAAACCAAAUGUAACUACAGUGGAGGAAGUUUUGGAUGUCAAGGCAUUUGAAGAGAAACCCAUCGAAAAGGUUGAAGAAGUGAAAUCAGAUGAUACCACAGUGGGGGAAGUUGUGGAAGUCAAGACAGUUGAAGAAAAACCCAUCGAAAAGGUUGAAGAUGUGGAACCAGUUGAAACUCCAGUAAAGGAGGUUUUGGGAGUGAAGAGUGUUGAGGAGAAACCGGUAGAACCAAUAAAGGAUGCACCAAAGAAACCUGUGUAUGCCGGUCUUCCAAUUGACGAAUCUUCCAACACGUGGAUGGAUGUACUGGACGAACCCAUGGUGUUCUCAGAUGAUGAACAAACAUCUACUGAAAGUGUGUCCCACACCACUACAACAACUACCACCGUCACCACUGUUAUUACUGAAGCUGUAGAAUUGAAGGCUCCAGAAAUAAAGCCUGCAGAAGUGAUUCGAGAAAAACUCAUCGAAAAGGUUGAAGAAGUGAAACCAGAUGAGACCACAGUGGAGGAAGUUGUGGAAGUCAAGACAGUUGAAGAAAAACCCAUCGAAAAGGUUGAAGAUGUGGAACCAGUUGAAACUCCAGUAAAGGAGGUUUUGGGAGUGAAGAGUGUUGAGGAGAAACCGGUAGAACCAAUAAAGGAUGCACCAAAGAAACCUGUGUAUGCCGGUCUUCCAAUUGACGAAUCUUCCAACACGUUGAUGGAUGUACUGGAAGAACCCAUGGUGUUCUCAGAUGAUGAACAAACAUCUACCGAAAGUGUGUCCCACACCACUACAACAACUACCACCGUCACCACUGUUAUUACUGAAGCUGUGGAAAUGAAGACUCCAGAAAUAAAGCCUGCAGAAAUGAUUGAAGAAAAACUCAUCGAAAAGGUUGAAGAAGUGAAACCAGAUGAGCCCACAGUGAAGGAAGUUGUGGAAGUGAAGACAGUUGAAGAGAAACCCAUUGAAAAGGUUGAAGAAGUGAGAGCAGUUGAAACCACAGUGGCUGAAGUGAACACAGUUGAAGAGAAACCCAUCGAAAAGGUUGAAGAAGUGAAACCAGAUGAGACCACAGUGGAGGAAGUUGUGGAAGUCAAGACAGUUGAAGAAAAACCCAUCGAAAAGGUUGAAGAUGUGGAACCAGUUGAAACUCCAGUAAAGGAGGUUUUGGGAGUGAAGAGUGUUGAGGAGAAACCGGUAGAACCAAUAAAGGAUGCACCAAAGAAACCUGUGUAUGCCGGUCUUCCAAUUGACGAAUCUUCCAACACGUUGAUGGAUGUACUGGAAGAACCCAUGGUGUUCUCAGAUGAUGAACAAACAUCUACUCCUGCUGAAACUGUGUCCCAUACCACUAAAUCAACCACCACCGUCACCACUGUUAUUACUGAAGCUGUGGAAAUGAAGACUGCAGAAAUAAAGCCUGCAGAAGUGAUUGAAGAAAAAGUAAUCGGAAAGGUUGAAGAAGUGAGACCAGUUGAAACCACAGUGGAGGAAAUUGUGGACGUGAAGACAAUUGAAGAUAAACCCAUCGGAAAGUUUGAAGAAGUGAAACCAGUUGCCACGGCAUUAGAAGAAGAUUCAAAAAUAAGUAUUGCUGUAAAGAAAGUUGAUAUUGUAGAACUCGAUGAGUCGAAAACUGCUUCUCUUUCUAGAACAGUUGAAAAGGUAGAGAAAUCAGGUAAAAAGACUAAGGAAAAGAAAUCUGGAGAAAAGCUUGUUGAAGAUAUUGGAAAUUUAAAAAUUGUUGAAGAGGUAUUUGUGAAAUCUGGUGAAAAUCAUAAAGAAAAGCCAAUACCUAGUGGAUCGGAACUGGUCGAAAAAUUGGAAGAAAAACCAUUUACUUCGAGCUGGGCAGACAUUGUUUCUGAUACCUUAGACCAAGAAAAACCAUUGAUAGAGAAAGAGAAGGAGAAAGUGAAAGAGAGAAAGAAGAAGACUAAAAAGGACAAAGGUGAAGUCAAUAGAGCAGAAGAUCAGUCUAAGCUAAACAUUGCUCAUGAAAAUGUCGCCUUCAUUGACAAGGAAAAACAACAUUCGGCUUUGUCGUCAAUGAAACCUGAAGACAAACCGCUUCUUAAAGACAAGCCUGAAACUAAACCAACGGUAUUGCAAACUUUUUCAUGGUCAGAUGUAGUAAAGCAAAACAACCCAGAUGUAUCUAAACUGCCGCCUGUUGUAGAAAAGAAAAAAUCUCCUGUGACUAAGAAGCCCGAGAGCAUCGUCGAGGGGCGCGAAAUUACCGUGGUCGAAGAAACACAUACUGAUGUUAAAGAAAUCGUUACCACAUCUUCUGAGGACAAAAUGCCUAAAGAAAAGACAAAGAAGCAAAAGUUGAAAAAAGAAAAGGUAGAAAAACUCCCGAAACCAUCUGCAGUUGAAGAAACAAAGCCACAAGAACUUAUUGUUGAUCAACAAUCGAUUACUCCUACCUUACCAUGGUCUGUCAUUGUUAGUCAGAAUGUUGUAGAAGUUCCGAUUACCAAUAUCCGCGAAAUAUCAGAAAUUAUUGAAAGUAAAAAAGAAAUGGUGAAUAACGAUAAUGACGAUGCCAAACCAAGUCCCAGAGCAGAAUCGUCAGCGCAUAAGUAUAGUAAAGAACAAAUACAUACAUUUAUCGAACUUGAAACGCAACAUACCGAGAAUUCCCAAGUUAAACCUAGAAGAGAAAAAACUCAACCACCUGAACGACUCGAUGAAGUUCUGAUCUUAAAGUCUGAUGAGUCACCGGUUGAAGUAUCUUUAUCCUGGUCAGAUAUAGUUGAUCAAGAGGAAGACAUUGUACCUCAACCAAUAUCAGAGCUUGCUUCAGAAUCUAUAAUCGAAACUGCGCCGACUGUUGAAGUGACAAAAUAUCACUCACAACCUCCAAAAGACGUCGAUUUCAUCCAAACUGAAGAGACUCAUACAAUUGAGAAGAUACCUGCAGAAAUACCUGAAAGAACGCAACUCAGAGAAAGAAAAGAAAAGUCAAAGAAACAGAAGCAUAAAAAAGAAAAGACCAGUGUUGAGCCCGAGGAGUUGAAGUUAAUUAAUCCUACUAAGGAUCCGGUUUCCGAAACAAAUAAAAACCAUGAAAGUAUUAUUCACGGAGAGGAUGUGAUUCAAACACCUAUUGCUCCACCCUCAGUUUGGUCUAGAUCAGAAACCUAUGCCGAAGUUGUUAGAAAGUCUGGUUUAGUCGAAAAAACAAAUAUUCGAUAUCAAGAACCUGAAAUAGAACAUUUUACUAAUGAAAUCGACACUUUCGUACCUGAAAGGCAGACAUCAGUUGCUGACUUCGAAGUUCCGAUCUCUACAGAAGAAUAUGUGGAGCUCGAACAAAAGGAAGCUGAACCCAUUGCCGUGAAACAGCCCGAGCAAGUUCCAUCGACAAAAGAAAAAUGUAACGCAGAAGUGUUCGUCGAGGUAGAAAUUCCAAAAGAAUCAUUUUUAACUAAAACAAAGAAUGAGGAUGUUGAAAGGCCUAUUGAAGCAACCAAAAUGUCAUGGAAAGAGACAAUGGAAAAUGAAGACGUGGAGCCAAAACAAGUUGAAACUUCGUCAUGGGCGUCAGAAAUGACUUGGAAAGAAAUAAUGGAAGAUGAAAACAAACACUCAACUGAACCGGGAACAUCAUCCUGGGCUUCUAUUGUGAGAAGUUUUGCGCCACAGGAACCGCAACAAAAGUUAUUUACAUCUCACGAAACCAGCAAUGAUGUGAAUGUCGCUGCUCCGUCGAGAUCAUCUCGAACAAUAGAGCGUCCAAUUAUUCAAGUAACGGAAGCCCCUGUUAUCCCUGAAGAUUCUCAGAAAACGAAAGAUAGUGAAGGAUUCCUUGAAUGUAUUUCUAAGAAAGAAAAACGCCGAAGGCGAUCGAGGUCUCGUUCGCAAAAAUCAAUUCCAGAUGAGGCGGUGCGGCCUCAAAAGCCUGAUAAAACAAACAAAAAGAAACAAGGCAAACAAAUUCCUCGAGAACAUAGUGUAGAUGUACCAAAAGCAAUACCAAAUGUUGCGGCCAAAGAAGAACCAUUACAACCAACUUUCGACUCAGAGAAUAUAGUUGUGGAACAAAAAGUGGUGGAACCGCAGAAAGCUAUUACGUCACUUACGUCUGGUAUGUCAUGGGCGGCAAUUGCUGCACAAAAUGUACCGGAACCGAUUCAACAAAUUCGUCCACUCUAUGAUGAAAACACAUCGAAACCAGUGGAAACUGAACCAGAAGAAAUCUUUGAAGACAGAGUACCCGUGAGUACUGUCAUGGCGCUGGAACCCGAGAAAAAGGAAAAAACCAAAAAACCCAAAAAGAAAAAUAAUAAAAAGCAUUUAGCAGGCGUUGAAUUGGACAAAUCACCGGAAGAUACAAUAGAAAGUAUUAAGCAUACUUCUGAGUCUGCUGUCACUGAUGGCUUCGUCUGCCAGACUUCGUAUUGGUCUGCUAAGUUAAAACCGCAACUGAAAGUUUCUACAGUAGAAACUGAAGCAAAACAUAUAAGUGAGGUUUCUGAACAAGCAGACGUUUCGGAAAUACAACCGAGUACUGAGGAAGUCACCGUUCAAUCGCCAACAGACCAACCCACUACAUGGUCAGCACUCAUACAAACUGAGACAACAGUUUUUCCGGAGCCGAUUGUGAAUUUACAACAGCAUGAAGAGUCGGUUCCAUGGACCACACUCGUAGUGAGCCAAACUGCAGACUUCCAACCUCCCAGGCAACAAGAGAUUACAGAUGCUACAGUCGAUUUCCUUGAGAGUGAAAGAUUAUCCAUAGAAAAAUAUAAACCAGUGAAAGUGACAGGAAGCACAUAUGCAGAUAUUGUAAAAACUGAAGAGCUACCCGCCCAAGUAGUGAAAACCAUUUACGAAAAAGUACCAGAUACUUUAGAAAGUACAGAAAAAGCCGUAGAACCUACCACAAAAACCAUUGUUGAGACCAUCAAAGCCGACACUAUUCCCAUCAAUGUUGUAACCAUCGAACCACAAACCGAAUUAUCCAUUAGCGAAAAGCCAUUGGUAAAAUAUACUGACACAGCGCCUAAAAUGACUGAAGCAGACAGACAAGUGAGAGAAAACAUUUCUAUUGGAGAACAUUUUCCUCUAGCUCCAGUCGCGCCACAAGCGCUUGAUCUCACAAAAGACUUCCUCGAAACAGAAAAAUCUUUGCAGGAAAUAGUUCAAUGUAGGCGUGUAGAUGAACCCGGGAAAGUGGUGGCGGUUCAAGAACCUGUGGAAGUGGUUGAAGAUCAGGAAACAGCUAAAGAACCAGAGCCUAUUCAAGAAUCGUCAAAAAUUAGGAAAGAAGCAACCAAUGUCGCUGAAAUUGUUGAAACAUCCACCAUCGAAACUACCCUGUCUGAAUUGGCUCAAAAAUUAGAAGAACCAGAUGUAGUUGGGGAAAUUGAGAAAAAGGAUGUGCCAAAUCAAGAUCAGUCUCAACAGGUUGAAGAAGAUUUUACAAAGGUUCACAAAGCAGUAGAAUCUUCUCCUAUCGCAGAAUUUUUGCCAAUCUCGUCUAGCCCGCUCAAUCUCACAAAAGACUUCAUAGCAACAGAAAAGGCACUGCAAGAAAAAGCUUUGUCAAUAACGAAGACUGAAGCUGUGGGAAAAUCUGCAGCAGUUAAAGAGCUAGAAUUAGUUGAGGAACUUGAAGCUACUCAAGAACUCGAGCAAGAUCAAAUGCUCCAGCAAAUCGUAAAGGAAACAACAAAGGCCACCGAAGUCAUAGAAGCAAGCCCCGUAGAAAUCUCAGAAACUGGACUUAUUUCUAAUGAAACAGUCAUCGAAGAGCUUCAAACCAGUAAGGUACCUGAACUAAUUGAAUCUGCUGAAUUUGUUGCAGAAACUGAACUAGCCGAAAAGUCUGAAUUAAAUACACCAGCUGGGGAAAUUACAAGAAACGAUGAAAUACCAGUUGAGCGGGAAGAUUUUCCACUCUCUCCAGCUACACCGACAGCUAUCGAUCUCACGAAGGAUUUCCUUACUACGGAAAAAUCUCUGCAAGAUGUAGCGCAAUCAGUGAGGGUCAUAAAACCCGAUAAAGAAAUCGAAAGGUCUGAAAUUUUUGAAAAUCUUGAAACAGUUAAAAAGUCAGAACCUCUUACGGAACUUAAAGUGCUAGAGGAAGAUGAAAUAGUUAAAGGGUCAGAACCUGCUACAGAGCUUCAAGCUGACAAAGAGUUCGAGCCUACCAAUGAGUGUCUGCCCGUUAUAGAGGGCACAAGUAAGGUUAUUGAAAUAGUAGAAACAACUAUCGUCGAAUCUACUGAAACUGAUAAAUUAACUACUGAAAAGGAAACAACGCUUCCGGUCUCUGUUGUAACUGAUAAUGUGGAUAUCGAAAGUAAUAUAGUAGAAAAAAUUGAAACCGCGCCUGAACUAGUGCAAGCUGCUGAACCAGUUUCACAAAUUGAACUGGCUGAAGAGCCCGAAUCAAAGACUCAACUUGCUCUCGAUGAAACUGUAAAGGUCGCCGAAGUGGUAGAAACACCAGGUCCGGAACUUACAAGAACCGAUGACAUACUUGUUCAGCGGGAAGAUUUUCUACUCUCUCCAGCUCCACCGACAGCUAUCGAUCUCACGAAGGACUUCCUUACUAUGGAAAAAUCUCAGCAAGCCAUAGCGCAACCGAUGAUGGUGGCAAAACCCGAUAAAGAAAUCGAAAAGUCUGAAAUUCUUGAAGAAACUGAAACAGUUAAAGAAACUGUCCAAGAGCUUAAAGUAUUUGAAGAACAUGAACCAGUCAAAGAGUCGGAACCUCUUACAGAGCUUACAGUGGCAGAAGAAAAUGAGCCAGUUAAAGAACCAGAACCUAUUACAAAGCUUGAGGAUGGCAAAGAGAUCGAGCCUACCAAUGACAGCCAUCCCGUGGUAGAGGAUGCAAGUAAGGUGAAUGAAAUGGUGGAAGUAACUAUCAACGAAACUACUGAAACUGAUCAAGUAACUACUGAAAAGGAAAUAAUGCUUCCGGUCUCUAUUGGAGUGGGCAUUGGAAAUAAUAUACAAACGCAAAUUGGAGCAUCGUUAACAGAGCAAACCCAAAUGUUUAUCGAAUAUGAGAGUGAGCAAAUACAAAAGGUUGAUGAGGAGGUAGGUUUAGAUAUAGAGCAAUUCGAAGAUGAAUAUAUAGUUAUUGAGCCGAGUGACCUCCCUGCAAUAGAUAGUGACAUUUUAAAGGAGAACUUAUAUUUAGAUACCAAUUCAUUGGUACAUCCGAAUUAUGAACAUUUUGAGACCAAAUUGUAUUUGAGUUUAGAAGAUGAAAAGCAGAAAAUACCACAGCAACUUCAGGAAGUAUCUGUAGUAUCUCCUAAUUCUCAUGAGGUUUUAGGGAAACCAACUAAAUCCGAUACCUGCGAAAAUAAAGAACAUCCGACUGAAUUAUUGACUGAUAAGUUCUUGCUUAACUUAAGUCGAGAUACCUUUGUAAGACAAGUGAACAACUAUAGACAACUAACACAAUGUGAAGAUUUAUGGAUGUAUUUCUUAGAGUCCAUAGCUCGAACUGAAAGUGUACAAAAGACUGAAACUAUUACGGAAGCAACUGAAGUAGAUGUAACCGCAAUAGAACCAAUUAAUAAACAUAGCAUACAAAAGACUGAAGAACCAAGUUUAACAGAACAAAUCAUUCCCACUGAGCAGUUACAAUCAACUGCUACGGACCUUGACACAUUAUGUAGAAAUUUGUACAUGGACGUAUGGCAUGCCGAUACUUCCAACGAAUUGAUAGUUGAAAGAACCGAACCGCCAGUUGAGAGUGUGAUCUCGGUAACUGAAGAAGAAGUAGAAACUGAACACACAGACAAACAAAUGGAAAAGUUGACAGAAACAAAAGCACAGCCAAAUGAAGGCGAAACGAAACAUGUAGGUGACGAAGAAGACGAAAAAGAAGAAGAAGAAGACGAGGAAGAAGAACAAGCAGUAGAGGAAGAUACCAUAAUUAAAACAGAUCAUGACUCUGACGAACACAAGCGAGAUGACCGUGACCCCGGUAGUGGUAGUAGUGGUAAUGUUACCCCGACACCUGAACCCGAUAGCAAUGCGUACAAUCCCAACCAAAGCUGUUCCUCAGAAUACAUGUCAACUGAUCUGCCAGGCGGCGUAGGGCACUGGCGUGACCAAAGCACUUAUCUUGCUUUGGAUACCAUAUCGGGUGACGAAUCUAUUCCUUGGAAAGAGUCGGCACCACAAACGACAGUAGAACCCGAAUCCAUAAUUGAAUUUGUACACCCACAAGCGCCGCUUGAGUUACUAACUGAAACUAAAACGCAAAUAGAACUAACCUCUGCUGCUGACACAGAAACAGCAACUGCAACGCCGCAAGUACCCGAAAAUGUAUCAGUGCCCUUAACUACUUUCCAAUCCUCAUCCCCAUCACCGUCCCCAUCCCCAUCACCAUCCCCAUCAUCAUCCUUAACCCCAAUCUCAGUUCCGACCUCAGCACCAAUUAUCGCCCAAACCGAAAGUAUACCCACUACUGUUGUUGACACUACAAGUAAGCUAACACAAUUGGCGGGCGCCAUUAUUAACACCGUUAAUGUGGCAACAAAUGCAACAACUACUACAAUAACUGCAACUAAAGAAGCAGCGACAGCUAUGCUCGCGCCCAUUGUAACAACAAUCAUCGAUAAGGCAACAACACCAGCAACAGCAGCGCCAGCAGCAAUUGCCGAAGAAGCUAUAAUACCAGCGCCAACAACAACAACCACAACAACAAUAGAAACUCAUGAAGAAAACAUAGUCACUCCAACAAUUACAGUGCCGGCAAGAGAAGAGCCUGCCACUGAAACGCCUAAAGAAACAGUGACUUUGGUGUCAACUGAAGCGCCAUUGCCAACAAUAGCAACAGUAACAGCAACCGCAACGGAAACGGCAAUUGAGGCACCAGUGGUGGCACCAAUUGCUGCAGCAUUUGCAUCACAGGCAACGACGCAAACAACAACAACCACCACAACGGUGACGGAUGAGUUGUAUAGGCCGGAUUUCAUUGUUAAUCCCGAACCAAGUAUUAUAAAGCGCACAACAACAACUACGACAGUAACAACAACUGGCGUAGCGACAACAACAGCCCGCAAUGCAACCGGUGGUGGUCUAUUGCGACAACAACAACAGAAGGAGUUAACGCACGAUAUCGAAGAUUUACUGCAAUCCCUAUCGACGGUCGAAGAUGGUAUUGGCAAUUUGCCCAGCGCAAGUCUGGAUGGUAUGCUGCAAGGAUUAAAGCUAAUCCAAGAGAAUCUGGAAUACCAGGAAAAGGAAACAACACGUCUACAAGAAAUCAGUUAUACGUUACCUACCGAUCCAGCAACAGAGCGUACACUUAACGAGAUCAAGGACCGCAUUGAUCUACUACUACGUCGCACCCAACAGGGCAUCACAAUGAUUGCAAACGCCAUGCACGGCCAGACAAAGCGUGAGGAAGAACUGAAUGAAUACCAAAUGCAUUUGAUCGCAUUGCAGGAAUGGAUUAUGGAGGUAUCGCAACAGCUCAAAGACCUUGAGCCUACCCCCGAAGUCGCCGAAGAUGAAGAGCAGCUCAAAAAACAAGCCGAGCGCAGUCAACAGCUAUUACGCGCACUGAAAGAUAAGCAGCAAUCACUUGAAGAGUUGGUCGAGAAAACGCGCCUGCUGCAACAGCAUGAAGAUGUUGCGCCCAUGGCUUGCGAUCUAAUGGAUCAGCUCGAGCAUAUUAUUACGCUGCUGCGUGAGCAAAUCACUGUAGCCACUACACGUAUUUACACCAUCGAAAAGACAAUUGUGGAGCUUCGCAAGGCUAAACAUGAGGAAGAGCAUCGAAAACGCGUUGCCGCCGAAGCGUUGAUACAGCCACCCACCAGCGCGCCAGAAUCGGUUAUAUCAAAUGCUAGUACAAUUGAUUCUACCCCAAUGCCAGAGGAGGAGGUAAAGCCGACUAGUGCACAAGUACUGGCAGUGGAAACGCAAACUUCCGAAAGUCUUGUUGUGCCACAAUCACAACCUAUUGUGGAGACUCACACAGUGGAGGCGCAAACCAGUUUAGUGGAACCAGUUGUGCCAUUGGCACCUUUUGUCGAAACCAUUGAAACUGCCAUGCAGACACAGAAGGAGCGUAAGCCUACCGAGAAUAUUUUAGUCACCUCAACCAUACAAGCUGGCCAGGAAACGAUACAAAUCGACACCAUUCCGAAUAAGGAGAUACCUGAAGUGCCAGACGAUGUCGAAAUUGAAGCACGUUACCAUCAACAGCCGCAAGGAGACAUCGAUCGUGCCACCGAAUUGGUGCUGAAAAACGUGCCACAGUCAUUCGAGACCACCUUUGUCGAACCCGAUCAAACGACUACUGAAGUUGUGGUGGAUGCAGAUGGCACCAAGCAUAUCAUUGUAAAGAAAGUAACACGCACCCGGCAAGAGGUGGUGCAACAUCAGCAAAUCAGCUCUAUUGCAACGGUAGCCGAUACAGAUGGCAAUAUUCAGGUGCAAUCUACCGGUCAACUUAAUUUGGAAAAUGUGCAAACAGCCGAUACCAGUGGUGAUGAUGAGCAUGGCUAUAAGACAGUGAUCAUGCAACAGACACGCGGCACUGUCGUCGAUGGCUCUGAUCCGAAUGCGGUUGUCGUUAAAGAGUUCGAGACCGAACCAACAAUUGAACGGUAUGAGCAAUUACAAAUGCCUGAGGGUCAUACUGAAAUUAUUACCAUCGCAACGGACGGUCCAACGACCACAGCCACAACGCAGAGUAGUAUUCGCGCCGUUGUGCAGCAAGUGACGCGAAAGAUUAUCCGCAAGACACGCAAGAUCAUUAAGCGCAUUGUGGUAAUCGAUGGCGUUGAGCAUGUCACAGAGGAGGUGGUCGAAGAGCCAGAAGAAAUCGAAGUUAGCGAGGAAGAAUUGCCACCACAAGUGAAUGUGAAUAUCAUUCGUACUGUUAAUGGUAAGGUAGUAACUGAGGAAGAGUUUGAACGGCUAACUAAGGAACCGGGCGUGGUAAUAGAGGAGGUUUCCACGGACUUGUUGGAACCAAAAGACUCCGAAACAAGCAAACCCUUAGACGAGGCUGCCCCAUCAGUGAUUGACUCGAUGCAGCCGCAACAGGUAUUUGAUAUUCAAACUUCUACCAUUACUACAACUACAACACAAACACAACCAACAACAACCAGUAUUAUAACAACAAGUACAACAGAAAGAACAACAACAUCAACAGACCAAGCACCUGUAGAAUUUGUUGAUUUGCCAGCACCAAAAGUAGUUGAACAAAGAAUCAUUGAAACCGUAGAAGCUACUAGUACUAGCCCCGUUAAUAUUCCAGCGGACUUAAGUACAACAACCCAUGAAGAAAAGAUAGUAGUAGAGGAGACAAUUUCACCAAGCGUACAAACAACUGAGCCUAUCGAGAAUAUAAGUGAGAUUUGGCCCAAAGAACACCAUUUGGUACCAACUGACAUCGAUUUUUCACAACACAUCGAUGAAGAUCCAAAACCAGCGGUAGAGGUUUAUGAAGCGAAGAUUAAAACUGAGGUUAAGCCAGUAGAGGCAAUUUGGCCAAUUGACGAAGAUACGGGCUAUCCUGUUUCCUUAGAUAAAUACAGUUUCGAAAAGGUUGUGGUACCAAAAUCGAAGCCCGAAGAAGACGAGCCACUCGAAAAGUCAACAGUGUUGACAACAACAACAACAGUGACUACCACUGAAAGCAAGUUGCCCGAGAAAACCGUCGAAGUGACUGAAUUAGCUGAAGAACCAAUAUUCGUUGGAAUAGAGAUGCCUGAAUUGGCCCCCUUCAAAGAACCUGAAUGCUUCGUAUCAGAAGAAACAAAAGUAUACCCUUCAGAAUCUACAGUAUUAAUAUCAGAAGUGCCUGAACAAAUACCACUCACUCCUCAAGCAGAAGUAUUAGCUCCUGCACCCGUCAGUGAACCGGAAAUUUUGCCAACAGAAAUUCAAGAAGCACGUCCUAAGACACCUGAACCAACAGUAUUAGCACCAAUGCUGCCAUUGCCCCAAGUCACGACCAUGGAAGAGGUGGCUCCAGUAGAACCAAUCUGUCCUGAAGAAGUGACCAAAGUAACCACAGAAGAAGUCAUUACAGCAUCACCUGCCACGCAACCGCAACCAACACCAGUUGAUCAGUUACCCCGUAGUGAACAAGAGUCGUUCACAUCAACUGAGAUCAGCGCAAGUACGCCACCAGAGCAUAAGCUCCUGGAAGUCGCACCAUCAGAAAAAACGGAAAAAUCCAAAAUUGAUAUACGGGCUGCCACACAACUUUUCAUUUCUGGUGAAGUAUUGGCUACUGAUAGUGAUUCGCCACGAAAAUCAUUCACAGUGACCGCCCCUUCAAUUGAACAAGCUGGCAGCGGUGUUCUAAAAGUUGUUUUGACACCUGAGGAAGAUAUUGAUCCCAAUCAAUUGCCACCAAAGGUAAGCAUGAAAAUUGUUGAGACUACAACUGUAACUGAGACAGAGCGCGAGGACACUACGCCGCGUGGUGAUGAGUUGAAAGCUACACCCAGCGACUCUAAGAGAAGUCGUAAGAAAAAGAAAAGAAAGGAAGAAGUCGAACCUGAACUUGAACAAAGCGAAGAAGAGCCCAAGGUGGAAAAACCUGAAGUGCCAGUGUCCAGAGUUUCAGUUUCCGAAAUCGACAUUGAAUCUCCUCGAGAAACUGGCUAUGAAGCAGAUGACAAAACAUUAGAUGAUGAAGAAGUCGAUGAUAGUAAGAAGAAACGACGUAAGAAGAAGAAGCAAAAAGUCAAGGCUCGCGAAGAUGAAGAGUCGCAUUUACCAUCGUCAGAGGCGACAGCCCGCGACAUUGAAUCGCCUAGUUUGGAAUCCGAACGUAAAGUCAAACAUGAGGCAAUUACUGAAAUUAGUCCGGAAAGUGAAGCUACCAGCAUUGAGGUAGAUACUUCAGUAAAGGUGGUCGAAGAAGCUGUUUUAACGCCUGAUUCCGAUUCUCCACGUGAGCAGUUCACUGAGUUGGUCAUUCCGACUGAAGUUUUGGAAAUUUCCUAUGUAGAGGAUGAACAACAACAGACAACGCCACGCGAGGAAACGCCGUUACCAGUCUUUGAAGAGCCUGUGACAGAGCUGAAGUCUUCUCAGACAUCUCCAGAACAUAAGCCAAAGCAUGAAGAAAUUUCAUUACAGACCAGUAUUGAAGUUGUACCGGAGAGUCAAGACACCGAAGCCCAAACAAUAACAGUAGAAAUAACAGAAACGGAAAUGCAGACAACACCGCGUACAGAGGAGCCCGUCGCACAGAUAAUAGCUGAACCAAAACAAACAGAAGAAGAAGAAGUGCAAACUGAUGUACCUUUUAUGGAGGUCGAGCCCAAAGUAGAAAUUCUUCCAAAACCCGAAACCACUGAGAUAUCAAGUCAAACCAUUGUCGUUACCACAAUUGAAAAAGAACUACAGACUACACCUAAGGAAUCGCCACAUACUCCCGAACCCAGCGUCACGGAUAUUAUACAGCCGUUGGUACAGGAGUUGGUCAGGGAUAUGACUACGGAUCUACCCGCUGAAAAAGUAGAAAAGUUAGAUCAAGCUAUUGGAACUGACGAAACAGCCACGCAAGAGAUUUAUGUACAAACAAUCACGCCCGAACCGGUGGAACAUGUUAGACCAGCAAGCACACCUGAACCCGUGGUUGAAGAAUUCAUUGAACCCGUACAAGUGGUGAAAUCACCUGCAGAACAACGUGAUCAGCACACAAUGACUUUCGAGUUGACUCAGUUCGCAGAUUCAACGUCUCAGACUACGCCACGUCACGAGCCACAGCCGAUGGAGCAGCCAACAUCGUUGGAACCGGUAACGCUAACGGAAGAUAUCUCGUCAACAUUAACUUCCAUGUCCGAGCCGUAUAACAUAGAAAUACAGACAUCGGUGGCGAUACCGCCAGACACGGAUAGCUCUGAGUUAGAACCUGUUAUAUAUGAGCAUACACAAACCAUUGAAUUGCCAAAACGUGAUAAGAAGAAGAAGGAAAGGAAGAAGAAGAAAAAACAUGAUUCAGAAGGAACUCCAGCGGAAGAUGAAUCGGUGUCUGAACAAUUACCUGAAGUCAAUGUGAAUAUUGAAAUAGCAAAGGACAUUAUACCCGAUGCGGGAGUAGUAGUAACGACCAGUCAAUAUCUUUCAGAACCAAUUCAAACAACUGAAGGCAAAACUACGCCAUCUGUGGAAAAGAAACCCCAAUUGGUGCAGCUACAAAUCACUAAAACGACAGUUUAUGAAGAAUUCCCAGACGUUCCUCUACAAAUCAGUGAACAAAGUAAGGUGACUUUGUCAGGCCAACAAAGUGGUGGUAAACCUCGCUCCAGACCUACCUCAUCGGUCAUGAUUGAGGAAGUCAGCUCGCCGACAGAAGAGAUUGUUGUGCCAAUAAUACCAGGCCCAGACAAUGAACCACCGCAAAGCGCAGCAGAAAGCAUAUGGUUGACAGCAACUUCUGCCAUUAGUGUGGAUAAAACGCCAAAAGAUGCCUCGCAAGCAAUGAUUAUGUCGGAAAGUCUGCAACAUUACCCCGGCCCACAAGUGCAAUCAAAACCUGUGGAUGUUUGGGCGGAAACGAAACAGAUGAUUGGCGGACGCAUCAGGUCACUGAAAGAGUCUACACCGGAGCAUACACCACUUAGCAAUGUUUUACAUUUGGCCACUCUUUCCGACAAUAUAAAGGAUGUACCCAUCGAGGUACGAGCACAGGAGGUCAAUCAAGGCUUACACGAUUUGGAAAAUGCAGUGCAGCGUGGUGAUCGUACAAUCAUCGAAACUACGGUUAUAACUGUUAUUGAAAAAGUUUCCACCUGGCUAGAAACCAUUGAAUAUCGCGUGUACUUGAUUAGGCAGAACUCCGAUGAGGGUCCAUCCGAAGAGAAGUUGGAUAAUUACAACCAACUGAAUGACGAACUUUGUACCAUCAAGUCGAAUGUCAAUACACUGGAAACGCAUCUAGAAAAGGCUGACCACUUGACUGGUCCUGAGGUGCAUCAAUGUGUAGAUGCUCUCAAGGAGCACGUAAAUGCUGUGGAAGAUGUCACCAAAGACAACCAGGUGCAAGACUCUAAAGAGUUGGAAAAGUGGAAUACUUUUGUUGUGUUGAUACAACGUACCACUACAAUUUUGGAGGAACUUCAAGAGCGUUACGAGACCAUUAUAACACAAGACAUAACGUUGAAUGCGAAAUUGCGUAGCCUGGAUGAACUAGAGGCACAAAAUGCCGACGUACAAGCUGGUAUCGUUGAGCUAACGCAAAGCGCACGAGCUUUCCAACGUAACUUCCCAAGUAAGAAGGUUCCCCAAGACAUCUACAACUCCUACGAAGUUUGUAAAAAUAUCGAGAACAACAUAUUGGCCGAACGCGACCGUUUGCUACAGCUACAGUCAUUAGGUGAAGAGUAUGAGCAAACGCUAAAGGAGUUCACCAACAUUACGGUAUUAGCAGAUAAAAUGGUAGAAAGUCCAAUCAUUUCCAGCUCAUUGGAACAACUCAACAAUGAGGUGCAAAAACAUCGCAAAUUCUUUGUAAAUUUGAGCCACUGCCGCGCCAUGUUAGAGUCACUGGAGGAAAAUAUCGACUCGGAAACGAGAGAAAAGCAUGCCGAGUUGCAUAAAGAACUAUACAAUCGUGCGACUGUGCUAUUGGAGAAAGCCUCUGAGCGUUCGUCGAAAUUAGUACAAGCUGCUUCGCGCUGGACUGUCUUGGAGAAGGGUAUGAAGGACGAAUUGCAAUGGCUGCACGUAGCGCAGCAACGUGUACCUGAUUUGUCGGCUGUCACUUCGGCUGACUACGACCAAUAUACAACACUUUAUCAAUCGCUCAGCACCGACAUCUCACAUCACUAUCUAAAGAUGACUCAACUCUCAAAUAUUGCCAAUAAACUACAAGAUCUUGUGCAAGCGCCCAAUCUUGUCGAGGAGACCAAUGAAGCACUCAUUGUGCUGUUGAAAUUGCGUGAAGAAGUUUCCUUGUACCUGCAUCGUCUGCUCGUAUUUAAGGAAAUCUGGACGCAGUACGAAAACCAAACCGACAAAAUGGAGACGUUUGUGCGAGACGCUGAGAAGGAAUUGCGUAACAUACACAUACCCGAAGAUCCACUGGAACAACCAAUCGAACACAUGCGUCAAUUUUGGGAAAUGAAGGCUAAUUUCGAAAUGCACAACAAUAUACGCAACUUAGCUGGACAUAGUUUCGAGAAGGCCCUACAAGUCAUACCGCUCGCCGAUGAGAUGUUGCAACGUCAAUUCCAUGCGCAACUCGAAGAGCGCUGGCAAAACAUAGCCGCCUCCAUCGAACGCAUACAAAACAACAUAGUAAAUAGUCUCGCAUCGCAAGAUGUGCCAGCAGAAGAGAAAUUGAAGUUGCUCGAACGUGAGUUGCAAGAAAUUUACCUCACAAUGACCAGCAUUAAGGGUGUAAUCAAGAACGAGGAAGAGCUUUGUCUCUACAUUGAACGCAUACAGGUACUGCGCACACGUGUUGGCUUCAUUGGCAAUGAGCUGGGACGCAUUGGCCUACAAGAUCCCGCCAUUGAACCAGAGAAGGUGGGUGAGCUCUUCGCCCUCUCUCACAAGAUCAACACGCAGAUUUCUGAAGAACUCGAAGGUAGCUCUGUGCUGCGUGAACAACUGCGCGCCAUACAAGAAGGCAUACAGAAUUUACGCAAACAUCAAACUAAACUCUCGGUCAUACUGGAUGAAUGUGAAAGCGCCGAAAAAUUAGGCAACGAAGCGAUCGAAAAGGCGGUAAUCGACUGUCAAGCUGUGGGUGAAGAUCUCAUCGGUAAUUGGCAAGAAAUCAUGCGUAUACGACAAAUGUUGCAUACACUGCCAAUGCGUUUGAAGAUGUCCGUGUCGCCGCUGAAAUUGGAGCGUGACAUCUCGCAGCUGCAAGACGAUCACGCUUUCUUGGAGAGUAAGUGCACGAACAUUUUGACGAUACUAAGAAAUCGUUUAGCGCUCUGGAUACGCUAUGAGCGACAGUUGGAAAUGGUGCAUGACUCCGUGCAGGAGACAGACUUUAUGAUGGAAUUGUUGAAGGUGCACGGACAGGUGGACUACGAGCGGCUACGAAAGGCCACUGAGCGGCUAGAGGGUCUUGCUGGUGAUUUGCAAAAUCGUGAAACACUCUUGGACGACUUAAAAUCUUCUGCCAAGCCCCUUAUCGAAACGUGCGAUGUACAAAUUGUCGAACAAAUCGAAUCGGCCGUGCAGGAUGCGGUUGUAGCCUGGAAUGAUACUUCGGAUAAUUUGCAACAAUUGUGUACACGUUAUCAACGUGCCGUUGAGCUUUGGGAGAAAUAUCGCAACGCAUCGGCCGCUGUACGCAAUUACGUUGAACAACAAAUGGAUACAGUGAAGAAUUUGGAGCAGCCAUUAGAAACUUUACAAAAUGCUAAGAUCUGCCAGGAUAAUUUGAAUGCACAAACAGAUCGCUUGUCCGAGCUGCGCGAUAUCGUUACGAAAAUAGCCGCCGAUAUUGGUUUGGAUGCCUCCGGCCUCAUGCAAGGCGAAUUGGAUGCUUUAGGCCAACGCUUGCAAGACUGCAAGGAGGCCAUUACGACAUUGGCCAAUGUGGCCGAAGCCAAGGAUAAAGAACGCAAGGCAAUCGAAGAGAAUGUACAACAAACGAAAACGUACUUGAACAAUGUGCAGAAGGACGUUGAUCGUCAGGCGCAAGCCUCGGUUGCCGGCGUGCCUAGUGAAGAGCAACUAGCAGCAUUGCGUUCACACCUGCAGACGCUGGCGCGCACUGAGGAAGAGUUGAAGCAGUUGCGUGAGCGAAAUAUGGAAAAUGCAGUUACAGAGCGUGGCAAUGCAACUGAAGAUGACAACACCAUCAUCGAAGUACUAGAACUGUGGCAGAAGAUUUUCCAGGAUACCUUCCAGGAGUAUCAUCGUCUGUCCACCCGUUUGUUGCGCAGCCAGAACAGCGCUGAGGCGUUGAAGUUGUGGCGCCAGUACUUGCAGCAUGUGCAGCAAUUCCUUGCUUGCAACAUACCCGAGGACUACACGAGCCUCAAAGAGCAGCAACAUCUCUGUGAGAUACAUCAGAAUCUGCUUAUCUCACAACAAAAUGUACUCGCCACGCACACUGAAACCGAGCAACAACUGGAGCCAGCGCUUGCCGAACAAUUCAAGCUGCUAACGAAUAUGCACAACGAAACGUUAUCUGGUAUUAUGCAACGCAACAAUGAGUUGGAACGCCGCAUGGCAGUUUGGAAUGCAUAUCGUACCGAUUUGACUGCGCUGCUAGAGUGGUUGAAGGAACGCGAAAAGGAGCGCACGCGUCUACAGCUGCGCUACAUACAUCUUAAACGCGUGCCGCGCCUCAAGCAGCGGCUGGAAGAGUUACUGCAACAGCUGCCCGUAGGCGAGUCAAUGUUGGUAAAAUUGAAAGAGCAGCAGACUGAUUUGCUACGUUUCUGUGAUGAUGCUCUGGCGACCUCCAUACGCAUGGAACAGUCGAGCGUGGCGCAGCGCAUCAAUAACUUGAAAGCGGCGCUAGAAACAUGGUUCGGUUUUCUGGUUAAAAUUUCAAAGUUGGCGAGUUCGUAUGAUCAACGUGUAGCGCAACUCGAUAUCGAAUUUGAAAACAUUCAACAACUGGUGGCCAAUACUAACACGUCGUUGCCUACUAGUUCCAAUGCCAUACAGGAUUGUUUGAGCAAAUUACGCGCGCAGCAGGUGCAUCUUUCGACGUUGACACAAGAUCUUGAAGGACUCAAUGUUAUGCAAGAGGAACUCAAGGAGUGCAUUAGCCCGCAUGACAUGAAGGCUAUACGUCAAAAGAUUUGGUUGCAAUGGCAACAACAUGCCGAUCUCGAAUACCAAUUGUCAACAUUGAUCAAUACUAUAGAGGAGCGUUUGUCAUUGCACGGACUCUUCAAUACCCGCUACGAGCGUCUGGCUCACUGGCUGACCGGUUUAGAGCAUCGCGUUGAACGUGAUUCUGAUAUCUCAGCAAUUGGGAACCCCGAAGAUGCGGCGCGUCAACUGGACAAACAAAUCACCGCCGAGCUGCAGUUGCGCGAGAAGGAUCGUGAAUGGCUGCUCUCUACAGGACGCGAGUUGAUCUCACUCUACACCGACAAUUCGCAGAAUGCGGAUGCGAUACGAUUCGAAGUGCAAGAUAAAUCUGAUAUGCUAAUCGAUCGUUGGGAGCGCCUGAAGUAUCUCAGCAAACAGCGCGCUAACAAGAUUGGCGAUUUGAAGAUGACAUUGUUGCGUCUGGAAGAACGCAUUGCCUUAAUACGAGCCUGGAUGUUCGAAGUUGAAACCGAGUUGGACAAGCCGCUCACCUUCGACUCUUACACACCACCAGUGAUAGAAGCGAAGCUUAAGGAACACGAGAAAAUUCAACGUUCAAUUGAGAAUCACAGCAGUAACGUAGGUGAAGUGCUGAAUUUGGUUGAAAUGCUCUUAAACGAUGCGGACACUUGGCGCUCGCAUGUGAAUACCUCGAAUUUGGGCGUCUCUGCACAAAAUCUCGAGAAGCGCUGGAAAAAUGUGUGUCAGCAAUCCGCCGAACGCAAACAACGCAUACUCACCACAUGGAAUUUGUUACAGCAACUGAUCAAAUUCACCACAGAGUACAAGACUUGGCUGAGCAAGCAAGAGUCAGACAUUGCUGCCUUCGAACGUGACCUAUCGACUUUGUCGAAGGACGAUGCAUCUGCCCGCCAAAAGGCCGUAGAAGCCAAAUUGCGCGAACUGGAGGCACAAGAGGCGCCGCUCAACCAACUGGCGCACACCUACGCCAAGCUGAUGAUGAGUGCUGGCAUAGAUCCUGAAAACAUACAAAAUCUCACCCUGCCAACGAAAGUAAUGUUGGCGAAGUGGCGUCAACUCGGUCCACGCUGUCAUGCUGUUAUUGAUGUUAUCGACAAGGAUGUAAAACUGCGACGCGAUUUCGAAAAGGCACAGCAGGAGACACUACAAAUGCUGACAGGCCUACAAAGUGAGCUAGACAAAUUGCAGAAGCAACAGCCGAAAACACCGGCUGAAGCGCAAACUGCACUCAAACGUAUCGAAAGCCUGGAGGCCAAGCUGGCAAAGGCUGGUGAAAAGGUUGAAUGCGCCGACCAACUGGCAGCGCAGACCAAAGCCAAGGCGAAACAGGACGAGCUCACGCGUAUUAUUACGCUUAUAACACAGUACACGACAAUUUGGCGUGAGUUGCAGACACGCAUUGUCACAAUCAAAACCGAGUGGACUACAAAGGCCGCUGCAAUGGCUGCGGGUGUUGCUGGCGCUGCCGCGGAAGCAGUUAUUUCAGCAACACGCGUCUCAGAGGCCGAUGCAGGCGUACAGGUGAACACUUUGUCACAACGCAAACUACGCAAAGCGCAAAUGCAACGUGAAACUUCGAUCACGGCCAAGGACGCCUAUAUUAUGGAACUGGAGACAGCGAUCAAAGAGUGUCAAACGAAUCUCGAUGCGCUACAGCGCACCAUUUGCGAUAAGACACGCAAACCAGGACCACAAAAAAUUUCGAAACUUAUUGGCAACGCGCAAUCGUCAACUGAGUUGGUGAAGCACUUGAGCCAGCUAUUGUUGAGCGAAUGCCAAGCAGACGCCAAUGAGGCGCAAGUGGAAACGGUGGCAGAGUUGGCGUUACGUUUCGAAACAUUACUGUCACAGUGGAAGACGCGACAGCAGCAAGAUCAGAAAGCAAGAAGUGCGCUUCCAGCAGCAUAUAAAUUGACCUGUCCACACGAGGUCGGUCGUCUGACAUGCCCGCUUUGCACUCAACGCAACUGGCAACAGAUCGACAAUGAUCUAUGGCGUCUCGAACAGUGGUUACAAUUUGCCGAAGGCACGCAAAAGGCACAAACCACACCGCCCUCGAACAUUGAACUGCUCGAGGAUGUCGUACAAGAUCAUCGUGAAUUCCUACUCGAUCUCGAAAGUCACAAAUCGAUUGUGAUGAGUUUGAAUGUUGUCGGCGAUCAUUUGGCUACACACACCUUGGACACAGAAAAGGCGCGUCAAUUGCGCGAUCGUCUUGCAGCCGAUAACGAACGCUGGAAUUCAGUUUGUAUAACAGCUACCAAAUGGCAGGGUCUCUUACAGACCGCUCUUAUGGGUAACAGCGAGUUCCAUCAGAUAAUCGAUGAGUUGUGUGCUUGGCUGCAACAAACCGAACAGAAUAUUAAAUCUUCGGAACCGGUCGAUUUGACUGAGGAACGUAGCGUUUUGGAGGCGAAAUUCUGCAAAUUCAAAGAGUUGCGCUCCGAGCUGGAACGCUGCGAGCCACGUGUGAUGAGUUUACAAGAUGCGGCUGAUCAACUGUUGAAAACCGUAGACGAGGCGAAUGCUGAAUCAACGCACACCUAUGCAAGAACCCUUUCCAGAUUGACUGAUCUGCGGCUGCGUUUGCAAUCAUUGCGACGCAUCUCCGGCAUCUAUAUUGUGAAGUUGGGCGCUGUGCUGGGCUAUGAUGGCGACAAUUUGGGCGUGUCGCUGCAUAUGCUGUCGAAUGAGCUUUUGGAUCAAACUACAUUACCCUCUACAUCUUCUUCUAUGCAGGCCGCCGCACCGUACACUGAUAAUGCAAACGGCACCACCGGCAUCGCUGCCGAUGCUGUCGAUGGCGAUGCCAUCAACACCACCGUACUUGCGCGCGGUGCGCGCUUCCUCGGACGGGUUGCACGUGCCUCGUUGCCCAUACAAGCGCUCAUGUUGCUAUUGUUGGGUGUUGCCACGCUUGUGCCCCACGGUGAAGACUAUACCUGCAUGUUCUCAAAUUCGUUUGCGCGUAGCUUAGAGCCGAUGUUGACAUACCCGAAUGGACCGCCACCAACAUAGUAGUGGGUGGUUGAAGGAAACGACAACAAAUACAAAUACAAAAACAAAAACACUGGACAAUUAACUAAAAGUUAAAACGAACAAACACAGUAGUAUAUAAGAAAAAAGAAAAACGAAUAAGAAGAAAAAUUAAAUUUGUAUAUGAAAACGAGCUAUGUAUGUAAAAAGAAAUAUGUCUGUGUACUAGUAAGUAAUGGGUCUGCGGCAAACCAGUUGCAGUUGCAGAUAAAGUAAAAACAAAAAGCUAAGAAAAAAGUCGCAGUAGUUGUACGCUUGCGUAAAAUUGUAAAGAGUUGAUGUUAGUGAUGAAAUUGUAUUAGAAACGAAAUAAGCGAAAAGUAUUGUAUAACCUGCAUACACACAUACACACACAUAUGCCUUGCUUGUAAUUGUACAAUAAUUUGAGAAGAAAUAUUCAUUUGUAUAGAACUUUCAAUUGUACUUAGUGCAUUUUGUAAAAUUGAUAGGCGCGUGUGCACUUGCCGGUGUUUCCUCAGUAGUUGUGUACAUUUGAUAGACAUUAGAUAGCGCUUUGGAAUAUUUGAAGAAACGAAAACAGAAACAAAACAAAACAAAUAUUAGGAAAAACAAUGUUUAUGAAACCAUUAAACAAAUAACGAAAAAUCUUAAUAAUUAAAUAUGAAAAGAAGAGGGCAAAGUGAGUGCUCCAGUGAACUGCUCUGGAGGCACUCAAAGCGAUGCUUGAAAAUCGGUUUACUCAUUCAAUACCCACACAUACAUAAAUGAACGAUAUGUAUGAGAGCGAAAGGAAAACGUAAAAAGUAUCAACGUACUUUAUGUGACAAUUUAGCGAGUAAGAACAAAAAAGCAAAAAACAAAAACAAAAAAAAAAACAAAA